GCGUCAUUGUUAUUUUUCCGACUGUAAACCCGUUCCCUGAGUUGGACACGACACUAAGGCGGAUCUGUAGUCUGAGUUUGAGUGUUCAGGUUUUCAUUUGGCUAAUAAAAUGUCUGACGCCUUGUUGCAGUGGUGUGUGGACCAGCUUCACCACAAGUUCGGGUUGGAGGCGUGUGAAGAAAUCGUCCAGUAAGGGAGACUUUUGUUUAAAUGUGACUGUUAGAUAACUGAGAGACCAGAUGCUAACAGCGACACAGAGGCGUGUAUGAGGCUUCACAGCUAGUUAUACACCGUCAUAGUGUAAAUAUCGAAAAAAUAAUGAUAAUUUAUGGUUAUUUAAGGUUAUUUUCUAACAGUUAGCUUAACGGGUUUUGCUCUUCGGCUGUAGAUGGUUUAACUGAAGUGUAAGCUCUUUAUUGAUGAAGGGUUUUCUUGUCUUAGUUUCCCAGAUUCUGUGAAGUUCCUAUAAAUACUUUGGUAUGUAUCACAGGUCAAUGAAGCUCGGUAUAUGUGCUCCAUAUAUAGCUUUAAACUCAGAUAAUAUAAGAUUAAAAGUACGAGUCUAAAGAUCAAAACUAAACAAAGACAGUAAACAGGCUGAGGAGAAAACUAUUCGUCUUAAAUGCCCUAAAUCAGCUCCAGUUGCUUUGUACUCAUGUAUCCUUAGAUUUUACAUAUUUUAUUUCAGGUGUAUCACUGUAAAAUUGCUUUUUUACAGGUAAUUUUGAGUGCAGGGCCAUCAUGAAUGUAAAUACAGAGGUAAAGAUGAGGAGGAACACUAUAAUCUCUCAAUUCUAUAGAUAAUACUUGGACAUUACACUUAGUCUUGAUAAUACUUUGCUGCACUUACACAUUUCUAUACACCAGAUAUAAACGUACAUAAUUACCUGGAAUAAGUACACCCUGCCUCUUCCUGCACUAAAUCUUACCUAUCUUAUUGUUUUGUAUGUAGCACAGGUCAAUGAACCUUGGUAUAUGAACUUCAUAUAAAACUCUAAUACUAUAUUAUAAUAUUAGGUUAGAUGUACCUUUGUAAUAAGUUAUCAGAUUACUUGAGUCAUAAAAUCAAAUCAAAACUAAACAAAGACCACAGACAGGCUGUGGAAAAAAUUAUUCUUCUUAAAUGCCCUAAAUCAUCUCCAGGUGUUUAAUGCUCAUGUAUCCUUAGAUUUUACAUAUCUUAUUUUAGGUGUAUCACUGUGAAACUGUUUCAUUUAAAGGUAAUUUUGCGUGCAGGGCCAUCAUGAAUGUAAAUACAGAGGUAAAGAUGAGGUGGAACACUAUAAUAUCUCAAUUCCAUGGAUAAUACUUGUCAAAUAUUACAGAGGACAUUACACCUAGUCUUCUUAAUACUUUGCUGCACUUAUACAUUUCUAUACACCAGAUUUAAAUAUACAUAAGUACCUGGAAUAAGUACAUCCUGCCUCUUCUUGCACUUAAUCUCUAACAUAGUGGAAGAAGAUUCACAACCGACAUAGAAAGUAUGGGGAGUUAUAAAACAAAUUAGUAAUACAGUCUGCAACUGACAUAUAAAUGAUCAAAAGAAUUGCUAUUUUGUGGUAAAUCAUUGCUUUGCGUCUGAAUUUUACCAGCCACUGUCAUGUUUAAUUAGUAUUUCCCCUAAAAAUGUGUUGAAAAGUUGAGGAAGUUCAUAUGCAGUAAAAUAAUGGAAGCAAAGUAUGUGUUCAAUUAUAAUAAAUACACUGAAUCAAUGCAUCAUUUAUUGAUGGAAUCCAUGUGGUUGUUGAAAAGCAGGGCAUAUCAUUGUGUUUUUGUCUUAACAUCUGCUGUCUAGGUACAUUCUGUCCAUUGAAAAAGCUGAAGAGAUCGAGGAGUAUGUUGGAGACCUCCUUCAGGGCACAGAUGGGAAAAAGCGUCACUUUAUAGAUGAGCUUGUCAGCAGGUGGAAGAAGACUCAAAAACAGGCUUCAGAUCCUGCAGGGCCUUUUCUUCUCAAAGAAGCAGUUACAUCAGCAGGUAUACCACCACAUUUUAAAUAUUUCAUUGUUAGGAGUUACUGAAAUUCCUCUCAGCCAUUAAACACUCACUCUGAAAAUACUCUCUCAAGGAUUCAGGGAAUGACUCAAGAUUGGGAUUAAUAUCUUUUACUAGGAUCGCAUGGCUUUAAAUUUGAUAAGAAAUGAUUCUAAAUUUUCAAUUCACACUGUUUGUUGAGGAUAAUUUGCGUCCCUUUUCUAGAUUCACAAGACAUGACCAAAGAUACCCAGAAGAAAUCUAAACGUAAAGGCCGUAACAAACAGGAGGUCUUGACAGUGAGCCACACAGAACCUGAACCAGAGGCUGUCAAAACCCCCAUAGAUCUGAUGAGGGUAAGUUAAACUUAUAACUUUCAUAAAGGAAUUCACAUGAUCUGAGUGCCUAAAUGACUCUACACAAGAUUGCAUUUUUAUGAUUGUUCACUUCCCUGAUUUUUUUUCCUCAGGCCCAAGAAAACAGCAGUAAUUCCUCAACGAAGAAGAAAAAUAAGUUUGUCAAUCUCUAUAACACGGAGGGACAGGACAGGCUGGCUGUCUUACUCCCUGGUCGACAUGCCUGUGAGUGCCUUGCUCAAAAGCACAAACUUAUUAACAACUGCAUCAGCUGUGGUCGCAUUGUUUGUGAGCAAGAGGGCUCAGGACCGUGCCUCUUCUGUGGAAGUCUGGUACAUGCAUCUUUUAAAUCUUUUGAUCCCAUUUUCUUUUACACUGACAGCCAGUAUGUUCAGUCAUUACUAACAUUUCUGUUCUGAUGCAGGUUUGCACAAGAGAGGAACAGGAGAUCCUGCAAAGAGACUCCAACAAAAGCCAGAAACUAAGAAAGAAGCUCAUGGGAGGUGAGAGAAAAAAUAUCCAGAAUAACUAGGCCUUUAAAUCAAAAUAAGGAGGGCUGCUGCUAUAAGUCUGUUUUUAUUUUGGUGACAGAUGCUGGAGAAAGAGAUUAUCUCCCACACAAAGAGGCCUUGAUGAAGGUUGGUUUGGAGAAGGCUGUCCAGCACAAAGACAAGCUGCUGGAAUAUGACAGAAACAGGUAUCAGUAAACGCACUUUGACAAAGGAUUUUGAUCAUUAGAGAGGAAAUCUUGGGUAUGUACCAUUUUCUUUUUCAAUUAUAGUGUGAGGAGAACCCAGGUUUUGGAUGAUGAGUCAGACUACUUUGCCACCGAAUCCAAUCAGUGGUUGUCACCUGGUGAGCGAGAGAAGCUGAGAAAAAAGGAAGAGGAGCUGAGAGAACUUCGCCAUGCUUCUCGCAAGGACAGAAAGAUCACAUUGGACUUUGCUGGUAGACAAGUGGUAGAUGAGGGAAACAACCUGAACGAGUACUACAACAAGUAAGUUCUUCUGACACCACGUCAAGCAAGGCUGCAAGAGUGGAUAUGAUGUUUUGAUUUAUGAUAUUUAUGUAUGUAGUGAUGCAAAACAAGCUCCUCUUUGGUGUAAUCUACAGGUUGGAUGAGACCCUUAAAGCUAUGAACAAUGACUCUGUGUCAAAGUCACCAAAUUAUUCUGAAAGAAAAGGUGGAAGGCAGACCCUCGGAGAGCUGGUGAACCCCAACAUCAUGCAGUCUGCACCCGAGGUUGGUCCUUAUAGACAUAUACAAUAAAUGUAGCAAUAGUGUCACUUGUGGUAUGUUUUUACCGCUAUAUUUUCAAUCAUCAUAAUAAUCAUAAUUAUCUGUGCAUCUAUUUUGUCACUUUAUAGCAUAAACCAACAGUCCUUUUACACAAUUAAAUAAGUGUGGAUAUUAUUCAUAUCUGUUCUGCAAAUAAUGAUCAUGACAAUGUGCGGACUCUCUAGUGGGUGGAUGUUGGAGGCAGAGAAAACAAGCGAAAUGUGGAGAAGGCAAAGAGUUCAUCCAAAGACAAAGGAACAGAAGAAAGAUCCAAGCUUCGGCUUCAGGACAAAGAGCUGCAGGAGAUGUCUGAUGGAGGCUGGUGCCUCAGCAUGCAUCAACCAUGGGCUUCACUGCUGGUUAAAGGCAUCAAGAGGUAACGAGCAUACAAACUCCCAAAAAAGAUCACUUAAACCUUCAUCCUAAAUUGUGAGUAAAGUAAAAAGUCUGUAGGGAUCAGGUGAAUAAAAGCAGUGCUUACAUUUUAAUAAUCCACAUCUGUGUGUGUGUGUAGGGUGGAAGGCAGAACUUGGUACACAUCUCACCGGGGUCGUCUUUGGAUCGCUGCUGCAGCUAAAAAGCCCACCCCUCAGGAGAUUGCUGAGGUGGAAGUCAUGUACCGCCACAUCUACAGAAAAGGUAACAACAACUGAGAAGUAACUCUUUGAACACAAGAGGUGACCUUCCAUUUCUUACAUACUGCAGCUGCACCUGCUGUUAUUUUGAACUGAUGAAUCUUCAAUGAUAUUUUUUCUACAGAGCCCAGGUUUCCUAAAGAUUACCCCACUGGCUGCCUGCUGGGCUGUGUUAAUGUGACGGACUGUCAGUCUCAGGAGCAGUUCAGAGAGCAAGUAAGUGAAACAGGACACCAUGUCAGAAUAUUAAGUUUAGACUGAUGCUUUAUUACAAUAGCAAUUCAGAUAGCAAUAUCUUAACUGGAUUGUCAAACAAAUCGGAGAAGGAAAGAGCUCAGUUCAAGAUUUUAGCUUUGUGGGGAAAUUGUCUGGUUGUUGUGUGAUCAAAACCAGGUGGCUGCAAUUUGAGUUUGUUUGUUUCUUUGUCAGUUUGCUGCUGAUUUUCUUGGGGUUUUCUAUUGACUUCCAGGUUUCUUGUAAUUCUGAUUCUUGUUAUUUUGGGAUUCUCUCUUCAUUUGCUUCUUGAAACGAUGCUGAAGUGUAAUAGUGGUUUGAUAUACAUAAAAAUGGACCAUACUUUGAUUAAUCGGAAUACAGAAUUAUAUAUUAUCAUAUGAACUGCAGUUCAGUUCCAAGUAUCAUCACAAAACUACAACAAAAAACAUUUUAUUCUGUUACUUUUAUGGAUAAAAUCCUUAGUUUUAGCCCUAUUGUAGGUUGCUGCACUAUCCUCUCCUGCCAGCAGAGGUCAGACUGCACCUUUUCAUGAGUAACUCCCUGUCCUUUUGCCAUUUCAUCCACUAGAGACAGUAUACACCACAGAACAAACCACUGAAUCAUUAAUUCAGGCUCUCAUUAUACCAGUAACCUCCCACUAAAAUGAUGACAGACACACAUUACAUUUACAAAAGCCUGUUGAGUUUGUUCAGCAAACAUAUCCAGCAAUUAUUUCGUCUUCCAGCUACAGAUGACAGGCAGGGACCUCUCUCCCAUUGCUACUCUAGUGCUGCCACAGUCAAGGCUUUUGUUUUCAGUGUCUUUAUUUCACACUUUGGGGGGAAAUCCAUUUCUUAAAAUAUGUUACAGGGGCUCUGGUUUGGCUUUCUUUGUGAUGUGGCAGAACACGGAGCUGUUCUAUUGGCAGUGCUGCUUUUUGGACUCGUAAAAAAAGUUAACUUCAGCUUUUACACCCAAAUUACUUUAAUUAAUUGCUGUUUUACUAAGUAUUAACUGGAAAAUACUCCCUAUUAAGUCAUCAUGUGUACAUAGAGUUGCUUUCCCAUUCUCCUUCAAUGGAACGCAUUUAGGCUUAAUGACAUUGCCAUCCUUGUCUUGGCUGUUUUGCCUCUGGCUCUGGGAAAGACUGCUUUGUUUGAGGUUAAUGGGUCUGGUCUCUAUUUUUCAUUUUAAUGGAUGUUUGUUGUUCUGGGCUGAAACUAUUAACUGUUUUAUUGUUCAUGAGAAAAUCAAUAGUCAUUGGGCACUUUUCUUAAACAUUCAGUGUGUGUAUAGGGCCUCUGAAAUAUGGAUGUUUGAUGUUUCCCUGUGAUGAACUUUGCUGCCUUGGGCUGAACAAAGAAACUUAAGGAGUCAGUUUGGGGUCUCGGUAAUUGUGAGAGUCAUUUUUCAUUAUUUGAUGCUCCAAAGAAAAUUAUCAGAAAAUGAUAAAUGAUAUAUUUCACAGUUAAUGUUUAAAGAUAAGAUUAGAUAAACCAUUUUGUCUCCCAAGAGAGAAAUUUGUCUUGGGCUAUUCAUCCAGAAAAACUGACAACAUAACAAUCAGCAUACAACAUGAAUGCAGUUAAUAUUAGAAAGACCCAGAUAGUGUGUAGUAACUAACAUGGUGUCACACUGAGCAGAUAGCUGAACUGUCUUUGAAAACAUGCACAAAACAAUGUACAUGUCAAUAAACAUCAGUGCCAGACACAAGCCCUAAAAAUAUACAACAUCCAGCAACAUUUAGUGCUACCAGCAACAGUGAAGAAACUCAAAACAACAUAAACUCCGGCUUUCUGGCUUUUAUCUGCCCCCACUUAAAAGUUUGACACAGGAAUAAAUAAGUAUUUAAAUCUGUUCCGUCUGCUGCGAGGAACUCUAAGCCUCCUACCAGAGGGCAGCAGCUCGUACUCUGUGUGCAGAAGGAGAUGUAUUGCUGAUGAGCUCUUUGGCAUGUUGUACAGUAGCCUGUUCAUGAAUACUCCAGUGAUUUAACACCAAUGAUUUCAUGUGCGGUGAAGAUUAACCGAGACACUUUAUUUUAAAUACUGCACAGGAAGAUUACCAAAACCAAACUGUGAUAGACUCUCAUUAGACCCUCUAGAACUGCCUGAGAGAGUAGAAACUUAUUUUUUUUUAUCAACACCAUGAACCUGUGGACGACGUAAAAAUACAAUCUACAACAGACUAUUAUUAUAUGUAAAGACACCAGAUAUUUGUAUGUAGAAAAGGGAUUAAUUUCCUGGUCUUGUGAACAGAUUUAAGGCUCUAAUUGGCUCUGUUGUUAAGCUAGUUUGCAAAGUGUAGCUAACCUUAGCAGAGCUAGCACUACCAGCACUGGGUCCCCCUUGCAGGUUGAUGUCCAGGUGUCUGUGCUGGUUACACAAUACUGCGGUCAAGUGGUUGUAUGCUGGUUUAACAAGACACAGCCACCAUGCCUCAUAUUUAUUUCCCCUUUUUUCUAGAGCAAAAUCCUGUCAAAGUGCACUCUGCUAUGAGAUGCUGUGUUUGUUUACAUCCUGGUAGCAGAGCAUUCAAGCAUUAGCCAGCUCCAACUCAACAUAUGACUGGCAUUUUGACCUUAAAAUAAUACAAAUAUUUAUAAUUCACAAUUAAUUCUGUUUCAGACUAACAAGGGUGGCGAGUCAGUCAGAUUGGUCAAGCUACUAAAUGCACGUAUCUGCGGCAUCAAAAGUAAGAAACCAACAAUACUUUUUUUUUGGUGAUAUGAAUUAGUUUUUCUGUGUUCACGCUGCUUCCCCUCUUUAUUCAGAGUAUAAAUAAAAACAAAUACACUAUACUCUGUGUGUGAGAAGGUGUUUAUAACUUAUAUUAUUGUUGUGAGUUAACACCUGAACUAAACCGGGCUCUCUCCUAUCACACAAACCCACACAAACAUGCGGGAUAGCCUGCAGUGAAACACAACAAACGAUGAAAUGUGUAAAAUGCUGUACAUUGCAUUAACAUGUCCUAACAUAGCAAAGCUACGAGUCCUCAUACACAUGUACACACACGCUCAUUUGCCAUCUUUGAUGAUACAAUGAAAGCGAUCACAUUUGGAAACUGUGCAGUCAUCUGUUUCAGUUUAACAAAAAAGAAAACAGACACAUGGAAAAGCAAUGAUCCCCUCGGAGGAUGUUGAACUUGUGUUUCCAUGUGUCUCUACACACAGUUUAACAGAAGUUUCAUCCUUUAUAAAGUCAUUUAUCUUGUUUCUGUGGAUCUCUGGGAGGUGAAAAAAUCAACUUCAGUCGUGUGUGCCGCUACAUAGUUUGCAUGCUGACUGCUGGGACCUGUAAAUCUAAGGGCUUUCCCCUUUUGUACUCUGUCCUCAUUCUCUACUCCGCCACUCAUUCCACCCAGGGCUGUAAAAUCAUGUUUGCAGGCAGUGUGACUGCCCUUUCAUCCUGUGAAAGGGUGUAUGUGUGUGUGUGUCUGUGUGUGUGUGUGUGUCCACUUGCACAGAGCAGCCAUAAAUAACACCCCCACCCCACAGACGGCCCCUCAGAAAAAAAAAAAAGGAAAGGCAGAUGUAGAAAAUACUGAAGCAACCAGAGAAGAACAACAGCACCAAAGGCCUGGGUAAUGACGAGGCUGAACAGUCGCUUAUUCUAGCCACCAUUCUGGAGAAAGCAGAGACUAUUAGCUGUUUAGCCUUUAGCAGUGCGAGCUUGCUUCUUUUUAUGUCAGCAGGAGAGUGCGUGUUGUGCUUGUGCAUAGCAGCACACAGCUGAGCUGCUUGGCUGGGAGAGUGGGUGAGGUGUAGGGAUUUACUGUCCUGUGUGCUGGCAGUUGUGGGUGGUUAAGAGAGGGGGGUGGUGAAGGACAAGCAGCCAUUAUUCCUCAGGCUUCUCUCGAGCUGCUCUUAGUGAUGUAUGAAUUAUUUUGAGAAAGUAGACCGUAGGUAGAUCAGGAGAAAAAAAAAAGAAGCACAUAAAUGUAAAACAAAUUGCAGUGAAUGUUGUAAAUUCUUGACUGUAGCCGAUUCAGCGUGAUUGCAGUUAUUCUCCUGUUGGGGCGCUGUUGUACAAAGACCCAUUUGGGACUGAUUCCCUGCUGACAGACAGUGUAGAGAGACCACCCCAGGCAGAACAGGAUUUCCAUCUGCUUGAGUUGGACCAAUUCUUUCCCUCAUUAGAAAUUGACUGGUGUAUUGAUUCCCACCCCCCCAUAAUCUCUCACUCCUCCCAACACCCCGGUCCCCUGUACUACUGAUAAUUGGCCAGCCAUUAUGAUCUGUGCUGUGUCUCUGCACCUCGACCCCCCCAGUGCUCACUCAGCAAAGGGUGGAUAUGUAUGCCUGACCUUCUUGCCGCAGAGAACACAGAGGGUGAGGGGGUGGUGGUGGUGGGGGGGUUGGAGAAAGAUAGGAGUGAACAGAGUGAAAAUGGGAAUGCUUUUGCUGGAAGAGGCAGAAAGAUAAUUAAAAAGGAUGAGCAGACAGCUACAGCCAAACUAAGCAGGUUUGUGGAUGCUGCAGAUGGUUUGCCCCACACAUACAAAUGUCGCUCCACUGUGCAAUGUUUUCAAAAUGCCUUUAAAAUAAAACCAAACAACUCCUCUAUAUUUUAAAAAUACUUUUAUUUACAAGUGUACCAGCAGAUACUCAGCCUUGAAACUGCUCACAGCACAAGCAAAGGCACAUCAUCACACCCCAUACAGCGCUCGAAUCGCACCAUCAACUUACUCCUGUGGUGACAAAAUUGAUUGGAUCAAUCCACACUCUUAAUAGGGUCUAAUUUAUUUCUCUUUUACAAACACAGUGUCACCAUCCUGCAGAGCUACACAGCGUAGUAAAUACAAGCCAGAGAGGCGUGUAUACACCAAAACCUUUGACUUUUACAGGCGUAUUGAUUCAUAUGAAAUAACAAUGAGGGCAAGAAGGCGAGGUGGGCUCAGUCUGACCCAGUGUUUGUGUAACUUGUCCAUGUAUUAUCCAAUCAAUGGACCCUUUGGAUGAUGCAUUAUUGACACCAUAAUACACUCUGGGUGUUGCAUUAUCGGCAGAGAAUGGUAUAGUAACUCUGAAUAGUAAUGCUGUUUGUGGUAACCACUUUAUCAUAGCUGAGAAUAUUUGUUUUCAGUAUGAAGUGUGUAGAAAGGCAGAUUUGUCAAAGGCUGGCACAUAGCAGGUCCCCUCUAUCAAACGGUUUGUAUAGCAGUGGUCCCCAGAUGGUCUUGAGUCAGGUUCACAUUUCACCCAUCAUUAAGUAGCCAGCCACUGAUAGGCUCUAUUAACACCAAUUCUGCUUUACUUUCAAAAUGAAAACAUAAAAAAGAAAUGAGCGCAGAGUCCUUUGCACUGACGCUGUGUUGAUGUGUCGAUGAGGACACGUGCAGCUGUGAAUAGUGAAAAGAAUGAUGGCUCACUUCCAUGUAGCUUUAUCACCUUUGGGGUCAUCAUGUUCUGUAUGCCGGCUCACUGUCACACCCUGUCACGGCUUACUGGGACGCAAGAGCAAAGCAGUUUAUAUUAUUAGCAACACCUGUACUUUCCCUGUGAUGACAGGUCGUAAUAUCUGCUGUGGGAAAGUGAUACUGAGGCUUUAACCAGGGAUUGAGAGCACAGUCGCAGCACCACAGUUAUACAAGUUAAACCUGCUUUUGAAAACAUGAUAACUAGGGAGAAAUGAUUGUUGGACUCUGAAAAAAUACCAGAUAAACACAUGCCUUUCUUGUGUGCAGUCAUCCUCAUGAAUUUGCAUGGUUUGAUGUCUAAAAAGCAAAUUUUUUUAAAUCAUUAUUCCAAUGUUAGGCUGGUUCCCUCCACUAGGUUUAAGAAUUUACUGAGAGUAAAUCAGCUUUGUCUGCUCAUGUAGUAACAUUACUAGCAAGUGGUGCAUAUUUAUAAGAGUCUCAGCUACAUUUAGUGUAUGUAUUUAACAGUGUCAUCUGCAUACAGUGUAUGUUUUUAACUGUGCUGUCUAUGUACAGAGCUUGAAUUAGAGAUGUUCAGAGUGUCUUUGUUUAUACACAGAGAAAUGCUCAUUCAAUGGUCAGAACUUAGCACAAUAGCUAGUAGCAGGUGGCAGGGCUGCAGCUUAAACACAACAUUAAACUAACAUGUUGUGUUGAUGAUAAUAAAAGUAUUUGUAAUUUCCCUUCUGGUGUUGAUUGGCAAGGGUUAUAACAUUUAGUUACAGAGUUAACAGUAUCUGCACACAAUAUAUAUUUAUAACUGCAGAGUCUAUGCACAGAGCCUGUAUGUAAGUACAAGACCAGCACACAUUGUGUGUAUGAGAGUUGAUGUGAGCACAAUAGUAUCAUCUGCAUGGAGUGUGUGCUUAUAAAAGAUCUGUCUGCAUUCGUACCAAUCAGGCCAAUCACCGCUAAAAAUUUGAUUUACAUUGUUCCAUUUGCAACAGUAUGUGACAGUAACUGUAAUUUUCAAAUAAUCAACUAAUGCAGCAGUUUCGUGUAUAUACAGUAUAUAUUGUACGUACAGUACAUGUACAUACUGGGUUGAGGCAGUAGUCCAGUUAAAUCCCACAUUGUAGCUGUAACUCUGACUGUCCUUGCGAACGUUGCUGAGUGUUUGCUCUGUUUCUGCUGUUUUUGCUAUCUCUGGCUAUGCAUUUAUUACCACGGGCAUGGAAAAGCACCUUCAUCUUCUCAUCAUGCUGCUUCUUAAAACAGGUAUUUAGCUGUCAUCGUAGCUUCAGCCUCAAGUGAGUGAAUAAUGGAUACAUCUGAGAUUUAAUGUACUAUAUAUGGACUCCAUUUCUGUACAUUAAAGCAAAAAAAGCUCAUGUUGGAUAACUGAAACUAUCAGCCCACCACAUCACAUGGAUAUAACUGUAGGCACUUAUCAGUAAGAAGAAGAGGAGCUGGUUUCUUUGGAGUUCCAUUUGAGCGAGCUCUCCCUUUGACCUCCAGAGUGGAGCUCCUGUGCUUGUUAGGCCGUCUGGAAGCUCGGACUGAUGCCUGCGUUUCCUUGUGUGGUAAUGUGAUAUUUAUAUGCUGAAAGCCUUCCUGCCAGCAUGCCACACACACACACCCAGACUCGUACACACACACACACACACACACUCACACACACACACACACACACACACACACACACACACACACACACACACACACACACACACACACACACACACACACACACACACUCUCUCUCUCAAAGGAUAUAUUGGACACAUUCCAAAGGAAGGUAAGUCAGGCAAAGCUAUUUUUUUCUUCCUCCUUUUUCUCUGUAGCAUUGCGUGAAUCCUCAGCAGUGGCUGCUCCCCUCUCUUCCUGCUCCCCUCCCCCUCCAUCAUUUCAUCUCCACAAUUUUCCCCACUUUCUCCCUGACAGUAUGUUUUACAGGUCAGGGCUGUGAAGCCGUAUGUGGUUGAAAAGAAUUCAGAUCAUGCUCGGUGAACAGACGUGCACACUUUCACGCCACUAUGCAUCCUUCUUUCAUACCCUCUCACUUUAUCUCCCUCUCUCUCUCUCUCUCUCUGCAAAACCUCAGUCACACACUAACAAACUCACAUUCCUCCCUCCCAUCCUCCCUUUUCCUUGCUGGGCAGUUUGCCAUGGCAGAGAGGUCAGACAUCAUGUGAUUCUGCAGUGGUGUGUAGAAUGCAUUCAGCUCAGGGUCCCCAGGCACUGGAUGACAACCAACCAAACCUCAGUCACAGGUUUUCAACUGCAUGAAAAAUACAUAAAACCAUCUGCCGGACUUGAAAUGGCCUGCCUCGCUGUUUAAAAUUUCACUGCUGUGCUCAGACCACUUCAUUGAAUGUCGCACAGUUUUCGCUGUCAAGCCCCCUUUAUUAUCUCUACUCACUCCUCUUCCAUUUUGUUCUGCUCAUCUAAUAGAGCUGGUGCCUUUCACUGUAUGCUGAUCACAGAAACUUGGAACAAUGAUAAAAGCAAUGUGAGUCAUUUCAAAGGGCUCUCUUUGAUGGUUUGAAAGGCAGCGGUGUUGAUGAAAAUAAGUCAGAAUCAAAGAGAGGUAAAUGGAGAGCAAGCUGUAUGAAGUGUUAGACUGAAUGCCUAACAGGUUCUUCUCUGUGAUGCUGCAUUGCUCUUUUGAAUCAGACCUCAUCAGCUCAUGAUUUAUUUCUAAGCUUUCCUGAACUGGAAAUAAUGUUGUUAAAGUCAAAGUCAUUAUGUAGUCAUUACCCUGGUUACAGUCAUUCAGAGUAUAAACAUGAAUGGCUCCAAGCUACUCAUAAUGUAACUGCUUUGUCUCAUAUUAUUGACUGUGUCAGAGUAAGGUGGAGAAAGUUAACCCCUUCCUGCUCAGUUAUCGGUGAAUUAAAGAUAAAACACUCUUGUUAAACCUCAUGGCAAGAACAGUUUUCUCUAUUCCUCCUUUUUAAUGCAGAGAAGAUUAAGAGGAGUGAUCCUGUAAUAUUAUUAAUUUGUGAUUUAUUUUGCAAUAUUAAUUUUACCACGAGGAUGGAUGAACAUCAAAUGACAAAUCAUGAUUUAUUAAAGCUGCACUCAGCAUUAAACCAGCACCAGACCUCAACCUGAUCCGUGUUCAGCCUGUCUCUGCUCCAUUGCUCCAGUUUUUUCCUGGCUCCAUCAACACCCACCGGCUUUUUAAGAGCGCAGCACAGAGCAGCAACAGCAAGAGUCACGACUAGUUCGGUGUUGAUAAAAUUUUAAUGACAUCGAGGCAAUUAUGGAUUCAAAUCUUUAUCAGUUCCCUUAUCAAGUCCUGUGGAUUUUCUGUGUGGGGAAAAAAAAACGUCUUCACAGGUUUUCUGUGUCUACAACUCAGUUUGAUGGCAACUUUAAUUACCCUCACAGCUACAGCUCUGCCUAUGAGUGUCACGAUUUGAUGUUAAAGGCAAAUACUUGUUCCUAUGGUUUUCAUAACCCCUGUCAUUAGACGUAGACCAAGUGAUUGGUUGGGUGGUUAAUUGGUUUGAUGGCCAGCUGUCCGAGUCUUUUUGUUCUAGUCAUACAAAGUCCGUACAGGACCUCAGGCCAAGAUGUCAAAUUGUGGGUCGCCAUUGUUUACAGUCAAACAGCAACCUCAGUAACUGGGAUACAGUUGGUGUUGACAGGCGGUAUCUGAGAGGGGAUUAUUUGCUGGUCUGUUAUAAAGACAUCCAUUAAUAGAGAUUUAUUAAAGCUGAAUGAUGGUUAGAUCACUGAUGAGAACAAGGGUUGCAUUUUGAUGAAACCUGUUUCUUCCUUGUUGCUCCAAACAGACUGUUUAUCUGCAUACAACUACUAAUACUGUAGGGGAGUUUCCCAUGUAUACAGACUCUGUAUUUGAGAAGCAAGGGUGGUAGAAAAGGAAGGAGGGGUUGUUUACCGUAUAUAUAGUAUUAAUGAUAAUAGUUGUAUUGUCACAAGCUAUUGUAUAGCCUCACAUGAACUACAUAGUUCUUUAAUACUGUUAGAUUCCCUGUUUGGUGCAUAUGCAUGUCAUGAAAAAAACAGCCUAAUGUAUGUUUUCCUCCGAAUCGUGCAAAGUCUCAUGAAUAGAAUCAAAGGGAUUAAAUUAAGUCGAUGGAUCGGAAACUAUAGAGCCCACACUUAAAAGCCUGUGAUUUUGUGGUUAAAGUAUGUUUAGCUGUUUCUGUUUUUGAAGAGGUAUGUUUGUAAUUCUGUCAGUAAAGCGCUACAGUCCCAGCACAUGUAACUAGGACACUUUUUUGUUUUCAGUUUAUUUGAAGAGUCUUCUGGCUCUCUGUUGGUGAUCUUUUCAAAUAAAAAUGGCUCUGGCUGUGUUGAAGAGUGUUAGCAACAAAGAGGAAAAAUGAGACCUCUGUAGAUUUUUAUGUCAUGAUCUAUUAAGCUUCUUGCCACAGGCAAACUUGAGCCCCCCACAAAACGCUUUAAUGAAGCAUAGAAUCAAUAUGUUUGACAUUUGUCUCCCAUCACAACAUCUGGUGUUUGUUUUUGAUGCCCCAAAAUGGCUCCUCAUGAGGCCAGCAUGUGUGCCAGUUCUCUGUUUUGGAAUGAGGAAAUGAAUGAAGGUUGUUUGUCAUAGUCAGUAAGCACUUUACAGCGAGUCAGUGGGCGGCCGUGUUUUCCUGCUGCGGUGUUAUCAGGAAAUGGAAGAGCUCUCAAUUUAAUCAUUAUUUUUUACGCUUGUUUCCAUCCGAAUGUGAGCGCAGGCAUUACUACACUCAUUACAUUUGGCUGAUUUCUGAAUGUUUUUGCCAAACAUUCCCCAGGCAUGUCCAUGCAAUUUCUUUUUUUUUUACACAUGCCUGCGUGUGUUCAUCAGAGGAAAGAUCUUUAUCCAGUCCAGCCCGCACCCAGCAGCUGUUUAACCACAAGUAUCUUUCCUGGAGAGGGAGAACCGUAGAGACAGAGAGAGAGACUCUCUGCCACUGCAGGGUCAAAGAUUACAAACUCAAUUGUGCUCGGCUGGGUGACAUGUCUGCUCAGCAACUUCCUGCUGGCAACAUCAGAGGGGAGGAAAGUAUGGAGGAAGAGGGGGGAGGCGAGGGGAGCCGUCCACACUUCCAGCACCAUUAAUCUUUCUCUCUUUGUGUGAAGCAAACUAAAAAUAAUGUUUGCUUCCAAUAUCCUAUUAGCCCAGCAAGGCCGGCUUGUUAUCACUGGAAAGAGAUAGGGACAUUAAAGAAUAAUUUAAAGUAAAUUAAAUGAUACAAUUGGUGAAUAAACUUCUUUAAUCUUGAGUCUAUAAGUUGAGUGCACACUCCCCUCUCUUAGUAAAAUCACUUAGGUGCUGGAAUCAGCUUAAUUGGCCUGGAUAUUGAUUAGUAAUACAUUUUUCCAUUGGCUCACACUCUACUCUUCAUGUUGGCCCUUAAUAUGAAACAUUCAUAGAUCGUCCCCGCCAUACAAAUCCUUUCAAACUUUGCCACACAUCUGUUUUAGCAUUUCUUUCAAGGUUGGACUUGGUUCAUAUUUGAGGAAACUGACUAAUGUCCUCAAAGUAUUUCUUAGUUUAACAAUUACAUCAAUCUUACAGUAUAUAUAGCAUUAGAAAGACCAUAGAGCACCUUAUACCUUGUCUUAUUUUUGCUUAAAGGAACUUUUAUGUUGGUGAAAACAAUAGCAAAAAGCAGAUAAAAGAGAAAUUAACUUGAUUAGUGUGAAGUUUAUCCAUUUAGUGUUUUUGAAGAGGUUGACAGCACAUGUUGUCUUGCACAGAAUUGAGCAAGAUGUUGUCCCAAGAGGUGGGCAAAACAUUGAUACCGUAUUAGAUUGUGCAGUCAUUCACACUGUAUACCGGGGCCAAAUGUUAAUAUUGUUAUUAAAAAAAAGCAUGACACUCUAAACAGAUUUCUUUGCUAAUUUAACCGACUGCAUCACUAUUUCUUGACUCCUGUGGUGACACCAAAAACAUUAAUAAGGGGACAUGAUCGGUAGAUAAUUGGCAGAAGUGAUAGUCGACAGAUGCAUGAUAGAAGAAGAAGGUGGCGGGGUAGUGUCAGGCUGUAGUGAAGGGGUGUUAAAAGAUAUGCUAGUCAUUUUUAAAACCAAACCAAACCGAAGUGAUGCUAGGGGCAAAGAUGCAAAAGGAAAGGUGGAGGAUACACUCAAUAAUCAUACAUAGGUUGAUAAUACAUGUCAAACAUUAGGAUGUGUAUCUCGUUGUAAACUAGUGUUGUAUCAUUUCGUAACCUAUCAUGUCAUUUUCUAUUGUAUUAUAUUAUAUUGUACAAGAAUGAAGUGAAACAACAGAUUAAUCCAGCACUUUGUCUUUUAGGGCCAUUUUAUAUCCUGCAGUAAAUCAGAUAUAGUGAUGCAUUUUUAAACAUUUGCCUUCCAGUAUUGUAGAAUUGCAAUGGUGUGAUAAAUUUGCUCAUGUGGGCUAUGCAUUGUAUAUUUGUCUAUCUGUAUCAUAUCACUCUGUGAGUGCCCUGUUGUUGUAACUGGUGUCAAAUUUCUGUUUUAUUUAUAUCCAGUCUUGUAACAGUCUUAUUAGAAUAAAUCAGAUGGAUCAAAAUGACAAAGGAAGGCAGAAGUUUUCCUCUCUAAAGAAUUUAAUGUACACAGUGAUGUGAGACCAGAAUUGUUUUAAUAGCCAUUAAGAGUUUCACGAUCUUUGUCCAUUAGAGAGACUGUCGAGUUGGUACUUAUCAGUCAGUUACACUCAAUAUUAACUGGAUGUCGCUGAAUGUUGUACAAGCUUUAAUUGCCUCUCUCAGCAAAUAUCUUCAUUCCUGGCAGGGAUUUGUGUCUUAGUAAGAGCUGCUGUCAAAAUAAAUUGCUGGAGGAGUGUGAUCAUUAGUUUCAGUGAGGGUCUGAAGAUUGUUUGCUAAGGACAGCAAGGAAUUAUAUUUGCCAUCACGCAUAUGAAACUCUUCUCUGGGCUGUGACGUCUUGUUUGUCUUGGUGCUAAAAUCUCUGGGGCAAGUUUUGAAGAUUCAGCGGAUGGAGGCUAAGUAAAAGUGGAGAUUUUAAAAGCAAUCUUAUCUAAACAUCGAUAAUUUAAGAGUAUUUUGCUGUUUUAGAGAAUAUAAUCCAACUAAAUGGAUGGACUUAAAUGGUAGAAAAACCACAGCAGAAAUAAAAUCACUGUCACAGAUUCACGUCUGAUUCCCCUUUAAAGAGAUUUAAAUAGUUUUUAGGAUACACAGAACCAUUUCUAGACAGCUUGUAUACAACAGAAAAAGUUUAUUGAACAGCCUUGCAGUGAAGUACAUUUAUAAGCAAAUACAGUAGUUUCCUUUCCCAGCAACAGCUCUUAAUAUUGUUCACCUUUAUCCACCUCUUGAGGCUUAUUGCAGUGUGUUACUGUCUGAAAGGACCUCUCCUCAUUCUGCACGCUUCUAUUAAUGUAAUCUAAAUUCUCCAGAGAACAAAUCUGUGAUUUUAAGUGUGGUGACCUAACUGAGAGAUACGCUGUCCAAAUCCAAAACCACUUAUAUGAAUUCAAGACGAUGUUCUGCUAAGUUAUUGAAGCUUUAUUGAAGUAGAUAUUGAGAAUCAAAAAUGAACGAAGACUGUAGUCUUACUCCACUGCCAGCUUCUUCUCCUGCUUGUGUCUCUUCUGCACUCAGUGAAAGAUCUUGAAGCACAUAUUGCGCACACUCUCUUGUCAUAGUCCACUGAGCAAAUAUGCCAUUAAAUGCUUUUGCAGGCUCCUUCUGUGAAGUCUAGUAUUGAUUUACAUGCUGCAUCAUUUUCUUCUCUCUUGGAUUUCUGGUGUUUAAAGUGUGGCAAAAUCACAUCAUGACUAUUGCUUGCCCCUAACAUACCUUCACACUUGGUGUUUUAAAACAUAAGCAUAUUAUUGCAAAUGAACUUUGUGCUACGGAAAGCUUUUUAUGAGUUUAAAACUGAACAUUUUCCUGUAACCAUGUCAUUAGAAUUGCAAAAAAAGAACAAACAAACAGAAAAAACACAACAGAGCCAUCAAUUUCCUCUGUGCUGGAGUUUUAGUAGACUAUCUGUGAGGCCAUGAAGUGUUUCCCUAGAAACCAGGCAAUGCAAAAUGUUAAAAAUUUAUGCCCAUAUCAAUCCUUCUGUCAUCUCUGAAAGAUUUUUCCUGAAACUUCACAUCUGAAAAGUACCCUUCCUUGUAAGAUAUGGUAUGUAUUGCCAAAAAUCAAUGAUGUCAGUAUUUCUAAAGGGGCUCUAUGUAAUAAAACCGCAACACAAUCACCAUCCAAAUAAAGAGCAGAACUUGGAGCACAAAAUGUGUAUGUGGCUGUGCAAAGAACGAAUGCCUGUUGAUAUUUUAUGUAUUUAGGGAAAUUGGUAAAGAGAUGAUGUGAAAACAGCUGCAGCUUGUUAUUGCGCUCCAGUAAAAAUAAAUGGGUUGUGUGUGAAACUGAAGGAAUAGAAAGCAUUUUUGUUGUGAUGUGAUCCAGGAGCAAACUUACUCCAUACCCCUUUUAAUAGGGAAUCACAUUUAAAGCCAGAUAUCAGAACAAAACUUGUUCUCUACUGUUGCAUCCACUGCGAUAUUUCUGUGUAACAUAAUAAAAACAUGACUUGACCUUUGAGUUGUAGAGCAGGGAUGUCCUGAAACGACUAAGUUCCUCGCCAUUGAAACAAAAAAUUUAGGACAACAUAUUAAACACUGGCUAAACACAGAAUCACAGAAUUGCUUUAAAAAGUGUGGCUACCAUUAGCAGAGCGAGCACCACCAUCCUUCAGCCUCCUGUUACAGGUCAGCUUCCCCAUGUCUUCUAUGUUUGUGCAUUGCUGUGGUCAGAUAAUGGUCUACACACAACCUUUUCUCCAUUUUCCAGAUUAUAUACUGCCAAACUGUGCUGUGCUACUAAAUGUCAUCUAACACCUGUGCUUACAGAUGGAGCAUUUUAGCAUUAUUUCAUUAUCUGUUUACCAAAGCUAAAGCCUGUGCUGCAGCUUAGACACAAUAUAAAACCAGCAUUUCAGACCAGCAAUAAUAAAAACAAAAAUAUUUUGUUUAACCAAUUGGUUAUUCUGCUGCUUACUAAUAAGGAUGACAAGUCAAGGUUUAAUUGUUAAGUUAACUAAACUCUGCCUGAUAUUAGGGCAACACUGAAGUACAAGAACAAAGCUCUGUUUACAUUUCUAUUGUAUCGAUCAGAUGUUAAGGGUGAUUUCUAUAUUUUUUAAACACAUUAGUGUCCAUUUAUGAAUGUUUUAUCAAGUACCCAUAAGGUGGAUAUCUUUUUGCAAUGGCCUUUUCCUUUAGGCAGGUAGAAACAUUGCAAAGAAAACACGGUUAUCAACAGACCCCUGGAGUCAACACGAGUAUAAUUAGCUGUGUUGUCAUAGCUGUAAAAUUUGCCAGGAGCAGUUGUCAUUUCAGCUGUCAAAUUGACACUUGCUCCUUGGAAACAAAGCAGCUUUUUCUGCCCUUCUCUGAAACGAGGAGUCCAUUAUUUCCCAGCAUCAAUGAUAAAUCGACCUGCUGAAUCUGCUUAAUUUGACUAAAAAGUGCAUAUGUGCAAAAUGAGAACAAAAGCUUGGCAACUGUAAUAGCAAUCAUUAAUUUUAUUUUACACAGUUCAGCCUCUCUGACCACUCAGGACUGUAUUAAAGUGAGUAGAUCAAGUUUUAAUGUCAUUUCCAAGAUGUGUCCAAUCCAAAAACACACUUAGUUUAAAUGCAAAAACAAGGACUUUUUAAAGAGAUUUGAUCUAACACUUUUUGUUCAGUGUUUCCCUGUUUUCUCCUUGGAACAUAUAUAGGAUCACCUUAUCUGUUGUACGCCCUGCUGCCAGCCCAUGGGCUUACAGAAAUCUAAAACUCCUCUUUGAUAAGAAUCGUGGACAGCCUUCCCUCUGUGCUCCUUUUUUUCUAACUGUGCACAUAGGCAGCCUCAAGAGGAGGAGGCAGGGGGCAGCUUCUUAUUUCCCACAGAGGCUGAGUGAACACAGAUGGGAGGGCUGUACCCCAGUGUCGGAUUAUCAAAGCAAAUAUUCACCUUAAGAGACAGACAUGUUCAUAAACUCCCCGGUCCCUCUCAAUUUCCACAUUAUGAAAUCAAAUGCCCAGGGCGAAGCGGUUUGUUACCCUACUGAAAAUACGAGCCCUUUCUGCUGACAGCACCUGCGUGAAGGAGAGCUGGAUUUGUGGCACCGAUAAAAGGAGAUUGUGGUGGAAAAUAAGAAGUUUUAAUGCCUCAGAUUCCCAGUAAGCUCACUUUGAAGUGGAUGUCUGAGGCAGACAUGGUAAUUGUCUCCAGGGGUCCUUUCUGUGUAUUUGAGUAUGUAUGUUGUAAAGGAAACCACUAAGGACAAGAGCUUAGGUGUAGGUAUUCAAGUACACACACUGAAGUGGUCUGAUACAUCAACUCAUAUAGAGCGUCUUGGCUACUUCUAUUGAAUUUAAUGCAUUGAAUAUUUCCACUGCCUCAGCGUCGUAGAAAUUCUCCGUUCUUUUGAGAUGCUUUUUUUCUGCUGCACACUGGAAAGAGGUUUUUUUCUUUUUCUUGUAAGAAUCCUGCACUUGUCAAACAGAAGCUUUACUGUGAGUACAAGAGAAAACCAUUUUCCUUGGAAAGUUCCAGCAGUUAGCGUGUUGAGUCUAAAGAGCCUCGACUGUUGAGAGGCAGUCUUGUUUUCUUCUCGCCCAAGGGUCACUGCAGGAGGUGAAGUCAUAAACAUGGCUGGGAAAGUGGAACUGGGCUAAGUGAGGGAGUCUGUGUGAAUCUCACUGCAAAAACACAUGACUUCAGUACACCUGUCAGCACUACGGCUAGCUGAGAGGCUAAUGUAUGACUUGCUUUAUGCCUAUAUGAUCUUUUGAAUUGCUGAACUGUAUCUUUAUGAGGCAGGGAAGCAGAAAAUAGAUUUAAUACCUUUCGCUUCUCGGUUUUCCAGGGGAUUUUUAGAGGGGGGUGUUGGGCUGGUGACAGCUUGAAGUCAUUUACAUCAAGAGAAUAAUAAAGCCACAAUUGCUGACAUGCAGAGCUAGAUCUUGAGUGAAUUACACCUCUUUACAAAACCACAAAGGUAUCUUGUUCUUGUUGAGCACUUCACAUUGUACAAGAAAGAAAAUGAUCAAAUAGAUUUUUUCUUAUCAGAUUCAAGUAACUCAAUAUAAAUGUAGUACAGUACAGUUGUAGAGUUUCCACAUCCGGUUAUAUAAUACUGUCAAGAAUAAUCUCACAUUCAAGUCUUCAUAAUCCCAUAUAGAAACAUAAAAAGAAAAAAAUCCCACUAAAUAGAUAAAUAACAGGGAGGAAGGUGUGGUGGUGCAUCACAGAUUUACACCCUGCAGUUCAAGAAACCUCUGCAGGGUACCUCUUGUAUUAAAAGUCAUUUUUUCUAAUUGCACACAGUAACUGAGUUCAUUCACUCGUUUUAAGUGGCCAGAGGGUGUUCAGAGCUCCACUGAGACAGAAUUCUGGCCGCCGUCAAGGCCAAGCUAAAAAUAUUAGCUGAAUACACUGAGUCAAACCAAAGCAACCACGUCCAAGCUGUUAAUGUAUAAAAGUGCUAAUCUGAAUUUUACAUCUGGAAAAUGCAUCAAUUGUGAAACAGCUGAUUUUUCCAAGGUGUCGUAGAACCUUUGGAUAAUUGUAAAAGUUAGAAUUCUUACAUCUUGAGCAACUUAUAUUUAAACAGUUCAGACCAUGGGGUGUCAUCUGUUUGCAUCUCAAGUAGGGAUGGGGAUCAAUACCUGGGGCCCUUAAAAACCUGUUUCUGCACUUUUCAGAACCUGAAUAUCAAUAACAUUUGAGCUUAUUGAGUCUGCUAUCCAGUCUUAAGUCUUUGAGUCAAGUCACGUCAAUUAAAUCAACGGUGCAUGCACAUUAAAAGACUGUCAAAGAAAGUUUGUGAAAAAACUAACUACAAACACGUAUUGAACCACACAUGGAUGAAUUCUGGUGGUCAGCUGAACCAGUGAAGAGGUCCAAAGUGUGUCUACAUUUUACCAAAGUUAAAGAUAGGAAUGAAGAAAAAUGCAGUAUAUGUUACAAAAUAAUUUCUUGCGAGGAAGAAUGUAGCCUCCAUAGUCAAAGAACAUCAGCAUUGUGCAUCAAAUUAAGCCAAAAUGCAAAACUUUUGACUGUCUGUUGCUGCUGCAGGGCUGCUAUCCUCCUGUUCCACCCAAAGCAGCCAGUGAAAGCACACCCAGACUUUAUAGUAUGUCCUGUUAGUGAAAAAUCAUUAUUCAAUGUAGAAAGCCAUGAGGAAAUCAACAGAAUGAAAGCUGAUUAGUUAACUAACCAAGGUGAUAUUACACUGUGAGGUCAGGUCAGUGAAAUGAGAAUUAAGUAAAUAAUACAUCAUCAUGGUGUGUUCAGAUAUCAUGUCCAUAAAUCAGCAGCAUUAUAGACAAGGACUUGAAUCACUGAGGAUUCUCAAUAAUGGUAUCAGUAUCAAUAAAAAUUAUAGAUCCCCGUUUCUUAACCCAAGGUAAGACUAGGUGAUCUGGCCAGUAAAAAGAUGAAUCUCUGAUUGUUUUCAUACUAAACCUGAUUUACAUUUUUAACCCUUUUCACUUCCUUCUUAAAAGACUUGAAAAACUACAGAAGGCAAAGAAAAGACUUAAACCUCUGGACGAUUAGCUCACCUUUGAGGUUAUCAGAGAGGUAAGCUGUUUGGAGGCAGACACUUCACAGAGCCUGAGUGUUAUUGAGAGAACGCAGCGUCAAACUCGUGUAAGGCUGCAUGGUUCACCUGGACCAUGUGUCUGUUGUAGUGGAAUGAAAGGACUCGGUGAAGAUGGCCAACUUCAGAGUAAUACUUCAGGCCAAGUAGCACAUACCUGGAGUCAAUAGUUUCAAGAAUGUGGGUAAAUCCAGGCUUUCCCUCUGAAUAUAUGGACACCUUACCUGUAACAUCAUGUAGGGUGACUGCAUCAGUAAUAACGUCCAGUGUUGGCGUCCCUGUCUUGCCACAUGCAGUGAACUAAGAACAGGAUCUGCUAUUGUUGGUAGCUUUUCAAAAAGUGCAUCUUGUAGUGAGCCACAUUUCCUCCACUUUCACUCCACAAAAAUUGGUUAUGCUGCUACCUUUAGCUGCAAACUUUGCAGUGGACUGUGUGCCUUUUAUUGGGAACAAACUCUGCAUUAUCCAAGUUUAAGUAGGGAGGGUGGGAACACUGAGAACCAAGGGGAAGUAGAAGAAAGUAAAAGAAAUAAAUGUUUUCAAUAUUCAAAGUUGUGUGAAACCUACAGGUUAAUUAAAAAAAAAUCAAUUUCUUGCUCAGCCCUGUCCCAAAAUCUGUCUCCCAUUGUCCUUGGACCAAUAAAGUAUCAGUUUUACAAAGCAGGAUUUUAUUUGGCAUGAGUGAUUUCGGUACAGGUGUGUAAAAACGAAACAUUUUUGGUCAGCACAUACUGUUCAAAAUCUCAAAGUCUGUCAGUGUAGUUUGGAUUUUGACUUGCUCUGCUGGAAGAUUCAACUUGAGCAUAAAAAUUGGAUCACACUGAGGCAAAAGUCUAUCUGCAAUGAGAUUUUCCUAACAGCCUGUGAAAGCAGCAGCAGUUUAACAAGCUCAGUCUGUCCUCAACUUAAAAAUUUAGAUCCAUUUCACAAGUCUGCUCAUAGCAUUGACCACAAAGAGCAUCUGCAGCUGAAAUAGACUGCCUGUAGUUGGCUUUUCCAUCUGAAAAAUCCACUUUAUGGCCAAUCCUGACCCACCUAACAGGUCAUCAAAUUGGGCACUGGUCAGCCUCGAGGUGCUGGAGAUGACAGUGAAGCUAAUCCAGUUUCAGUCCCUGGAGAAGGUGGUGAAAUCAACCGAGCUGUGUGCACCUGGGGGUGGGGUUAUGAACCCAGACAAAACUGAGUUUGGCUUUCUGACAUAUCUGGAAGGGUGAAUAUUCCCAGGUCUUGUUUAAGCAACACAAACAAAAACACAAAUAGUCCUGCAGCCAAACUCACUUUAGUAACACUGAGCAGAAAUUUAGUUUUUGGUCUGAACAGGAUUAGGAUUUGCCAGCUUUGGAAUAAAGUGUGAUUGUUGCUCUACAGUGAGGGUUUGAUUAAAAGUACAAAGUAACACAUCUCCUGGGUUUUUGUAUUUUUACCAGUUUUGAAUGAGUCAUUUGACCUUUCGGUUCCUCCGAAACAGGGAGCAUUUUUAGGGUGACUGAAAUGCUUUUUUCCUCUUCGCUGUCGAGCAGACUGACACAGUGGCAGUAAUUGGAAAAUCGUGGCCCCGGAGCUGAGCGUCUAAUAAUGAGACAUGUGUCUGGUUGUGUUCAGCACAUUAAUAAUGUAAAAAUCAGGAGCCAGUGUUGGACACUCCUCGAUAAUUAAUGUUCACUCUCCAACUUGACACCAGUUGAUUCUGAAGGUGAAGGAGUGUGUUAAAUUUUUAAUCAUCUCCGUGCAGCACGGUGUGCCAGAGCUCUCAUGAAAGGGACAAAGUGGACUGAAUAGGAAGCUGUUUGGAUGUUCACUGUUUGAAGUGCUUUGGAUUAAAGACACGUGGAACCAGUGUGAUGAAGCUUUGUCCAAACUGGGUACAUAUGUUUGCACCUGUCAAUUUUAGGUUAAGUGAUGAUACCUGGAGAUGAAACUUAAGUUUGGUUAACAUGAAAAAAAAAGGAUUGCUUUUUAAAGAGCGUAAAUAAAAGGAACUUGUUGUAUCAUAACUAGUUAUAACCUCACAGAUUUAAAUACGUCAUCAUUAAGGCUAGAAAAAAUUUGAGGUAACACUUGAUUUGACACCUAUCUCUAUAACACAUUAUUAAUAUAUGUAUAAUGGGUUGUAAUUAUGUUAUAGCACUGUUUAUCUAUAGUUAUAAACACUCAUAAAUGAUCAUAAUGUUUCAUAGCAAUAAUCAUAACACAUUAUAAAGCAUUUUAUCAUGACUUACAAGGUCAGUUAUUAUGAUGUGUUAUAACUGUUAACAGCAGUUGCAUUGCAUUACCCAUGUGGGGAUUGUCAGUGAGUUGUUAACAGUUAUAACACAUUAUAAUACCUGUCCUUGUAAGCAUGAUAAAAUGCUUCAUAAUGUUUCAUAGCAAUAAUCAUAACACAUUAUAAUCGUUUAUGAGUGUCUAUAACUAUAGUUAUACAGUGCUAUAACAUGAUUAUAACGCGUUAUAAAUAUAUUUAUAAUGCGUUAUUGAUAUAGGCGUCAAAUAAAGUGUUACCAAAGUUGAAUUCUCAGUAGUUUGAAGUAUGACAGUUAAAGUUUGGUCAGGAAAAAAAAGGUACCUGAAAUGAUCAGUCCUAUCAAAUAACUAAUGUGAUAUCUCUAUCGUUUAUCAGAGGAAGUGUGGAUGUGGGAAGGUUUUUAGAAAUGGUGAUGCAUGCAGCAAACCAAACCAGCAAAAGUUUGAGGUAGAGGCAGCAGGCCGAGCUGCAAAAGAGAUGGACAGUGUAUUUAAAUGUUGUUCGAGGAAUGAUUUUACUGCCUUAGUCUGACUGAAACUAGAUUUUUAACAAACACUUAAACACAAUUGUAUGACUGGAAUCAUGCCAAAUCGAACCAACCCCAUUUGUUGGCCAAUCUUCAGUAAGUUGUCUGUGUUGAGCUGUCCACUUGAUAUGUUGUUAUGGCUGAUUAACACUGUGGUAUUUUUUAAUAUUGUACAUCUAAAUCUGUCCAAGUCUGAGGUCGGAAACAUUUGAAUCCAAUAGAGAUCCUUUUCUGAUGAAAUUUGUUGUUUUGAUGAAGAUCUUUUGAAUGAAAAGCAUGCACAUAAUCAAUUAAAAACACCUCAGGAACACUUGUACUUCUGUCACAGACUGACAUGAAACUUUCUGCUCUCCUAACAUUCUUACACCAUCACCGCUUUUUGCACAAUCCCACAAUCAAGCAUCGUUUAAUCCCCGCUGAUCUGUUCUUGCUCAUUGUUCCCAUCUUCCUGAUGGAGUCUGUUUUGCCAUCUUUUAUGAUGUGAAGUUUCUCUUAAUGAAACUUAACACUUCCUGCAGAUGUUUCACAGUAAAUGUGACAUUAAAGGAUUAUUCCUCCUGAACCGCUGGAAGGUUUUUAAUGUGAAACAGAUGAAGGAAUGAGUCUGCAUUAACUGCAAACAGCAGAUGGGAGUUAAUCAGGAAUCUGAGAGGAUUUUUAAUAAAGAUGCAAAUCAGACACAAACACAACAGACAAUGAGUAAAGGAAUGAUUGCAAUUAUAACUUGUUUCAAAUUAAAAGCCAGUUUUUAAUCUUCUUUUAAGGUAAAAUAAGGUGCUUUCUGAGAAAUUCUGAUGUUAUAUCCGCAAAAGCUACGUAAUGCGCCGGAAUUGGUUAUAAGCUUCUGAGUAAAGCUUUUCCCCAUUAUGUGAUAGGAAGACAAUUUGAGAUUUCCAAGAAUUUUCACUUCCACUGAAAAAUGUAACCAGCAGAAACUAAAGGAAGCAAGAUUUAUGCCUCCUUCACACAUGCAACCUUUUAAAAUUCUGCAAGUUUUUGUGAGCUCUGCACCCGACAUUUUUCCAAGUUUUUAGUUCACGUCUCCCACAGCGUUAGGUCCUCCCUGUUAGGAGAAGGGAGUCGUGGGUGGGGAUAUGAAUCUUGUGUAGGAUUUGACAUCAAAAGCAAGCUGCAGAAGCCACAGUGUAAUGUUUACAGCAUGUUGGUGAAGAGAGAAACAAACCUUUGCCAUGAUGAUGCAUUGAUAUCAGCGCUGCAAGGAAAUGAACAUCUGUGCUGUUGUUGUUUUAAAAAUAAUUCUCCUUCUUUAACCCUCAUGUGUUUUCAUUAAGCCUGUUAACACUUAUACAGCAUGGGGGAUGUUUCCGAAACCUCUUCGAGUGUGUUUAUAUCCGCUCACACUGACUCAUUGUAAAAAUUCAACAUGAGGACUGUUUGUGUUUGUACAUACAGCUCAACCAGAAAAUUUGAGGACAUUUUAUGGUGUUGUUUUUUUUUGCAUCCGUCAUUAAGGAAUAACAGUCUGACUGUUCUGGGAUGUUUCUGGAUGGUUUGUACAAUUGAUAAAAAUGUAUUAAAUUGGUAAGCACCCAAAUGUAGCGAGCAAAUAAGCUAAAUUUCCACUUUAUGUAGCUUUGAUUAUGCUAUUGAAAUGAAAAGUAACACAAUUUAGAUAAAGACAAUGAAAAAAAACUUUAAACACAUGAAAGUUUCAACUUAAAGCACAUAAAGUUGGCUAAAUGAUGAAACAAAGUCAUCCUUGGUAGUUUGCUUUGGAGCUGGUUGUUGAUAGUAAUGCUAAAAUGCUCUACUACCUGCAUCUAACAUAUAAACAAGCACAGAUGACAAAUGGCUUUUUUUAGCAUUCCGGCACGGUUUGGCAGUAUUUUGAUGUUAUUAGGGACAAAGCUGCUUGCAGGCUAUCCUCUCUUAAACUGGCAUGUGGAUGUUAACCUGCAAGGAGGUCUGAAGGCUGGUGGAGCUGGUGUUCUUGCGGAUGUUUCACUGGUACUGAAGCCAAGGCAUGUGCAGAAGCAACCCAGCUGGUAGAUCUGCUGGUUGUUUUUUUGUUUGUUUAUUUUUUUUAUAUUUGAUGAAAAACAAAAUUAAAUUAAAAGAAGAAAAGACUCAAUUAUUGAACUUGAAUGUUUUAUUAAAUAAAGAAAAAUAUUUGAUUCUGCAAUCUAUUGCAAGAAGAGAUAUCUGGAUUUCAGUCCAGCCAUCUGUUAGUGUUUAGAAAGUCAUGUGUAGCUCCAUUAGACCAUGCAAAUCAUCUUUCUGCAAGUGAACAUAUGAAAUUGAUUAUUAGAGUCAUAUUAUUCAAGAUAAUGUAUUAAUGAUACAUAUGUUACUUGUGUGCAGUCUGCAGUUAUGGUAAUUCUGCUGUAUUGAAAUGUUGCUGAAACACAGAUUUGCAAAUCUAUUAAAACAAUAUGGAGAGGUGCCAUAUGUGCAGUUAAGGGUUUUUUAAUGAAAAUAUGAUCAAUUUACUCUGUCUUUGUAUGCUAAAUUUAAUUAAAUAUACUUUGUUAUUGCUGCUUUUUGACUGAUGCAAAUUGCUUUCCAGAUUUACACAAUUGGAAAUUUUGUCCCUCCUGAGCUUUAGUAGGUCAAAAAAUAAAAAGAUUAGAAAAGGAUCACUGAUCAUUGAUACCAUUAGUUAAAUAGUUAAGUCUAUUAGAUGUAAAUUAAAUGCUUUAAAAUGUAGAAAGAGGACAAUUAAGACCAACAGCUGACCAAUGAAAAAACCUAAAAAGUGAUUUCAAUCCAAUAAAAGAAGUGAGAAUAAUAAUGAAAAUCAAACUGGGCAGCAGAAAGGUACUACAGGGUCAGAUCUGUUCAGAAAAAUGACGGUGCGAAGCCUCCUGAAUAAAAGUGGCUCGGUUGUAUAAGAGUCAAACAUCGUUAGCUCGCCACCCAGGCAUUCACUUACUUUGUUUUUGGUUUUAUGGUCUGCAUUUUAUUGUGGAGACACUGUUCUGAAUCAUGAAACCUGCUUCAUACAUGAACACUGUGUUUGUUUGCAUGUCUGUGUGCUCUGGUCCUGUUUGGUGCAGCAAUGGAAAAACAAAUAAUUCACCAAGUGCGUGCAAAAAAAAAAAAAAAAAAGCUGAGAGGCGGUUAGAGUACAGUUUCCUGAGGGCAGCUGCGUUUGUGUGAGGCUUUAAUGAAUGCCAGAAACAGGCUUGUGUUGUUUUGCUGAACUCAAUAGAUUAGAACGAUUGUGGAGCCAUUGCUGUUGCAUACAUUUCCCUAACAACACCCUUUCACCUCCCACAUGUAGCCCAUAUCUCAGAGAAAACCCAUCUGUUUCUCCAUUCCCGGGGUGAAACCAGCCUUGACAGAACUGGCUAAGCAGUAUUUCAAAAGUGACGGGGAAGACACAGUCGGCUUUGUGUAGUUCCCUAUCUAUCAAAAUCUCUGCCUCUGUGUCUCUCGCUCACCUUACCCUCCUAUUAUCCGUCUUUCUUUCCGAAUCAUAAUCCCCAUUUCUACUCCCUGCUUCUCCCCCCUCUGUCUCCUUUUCCCCUUCUCUCUCUCUAUCCCUCCCCCUCUUAUUCCACCCUCCUCAUUUUUAAAAGCCACAUGCUCCCAGCCCGUCUGGCUCAGUUGCACCCUGCCAAUGAAGGGCUUUUUAUUGGGCUGAGAUUGAGUGCAGCCAAGCAGGGCCUGGCUGGGGCCAGCCUUGCAGUCCCCCACCCCACCCCUUCCUCCCACAGCACAGACCACUCCACAUGCCUGUUCUGGUCUGGCCCUGUCGCCCAGAAGGAGAUUACUUGUCUCUGCUGCCCUUAAUUGCCGACAGCAGCUGAAAGGAGCCAGAGAGAGAGAGAGAGACAUUGUAGAGAGAGGAGAGGGAACAGUGUUGGCUUGUUGAGCCGUUACUUGACAAGCUUGGACUCAAAGGUUUGUGUUCCUGCUGUCAAAUCUUGGCUCUGAAUUAGUGGGUUUUAUUAAGAUGGAUGUUGUUUUUAGCAAAUGUUGGUUGGAGCUCAAGGUAUUUUGGAGGAGGAAAUUAAUAGAGAACUGUAAAAGGAAGAGAGAUAAUGUGCUGAUGAAAGACCCCUCUAAAGUAUAAACCUGACUUCAUGAUGAGGAUGCAUGUUGAAGAGCAUCACGACCACUCUGUACCCUCUCAGCCAAUGUGAUAUUCGUCAUAGCCAAAGUCUCUUCCCAGCGCUCCUCCAUCCUUUUUUUACUCUUCCCAAUGAACUUGUGAAUUUCACAUUAUUACAGCUGGUUAUUGUUGAUUCCCCUCAGGCUCAGUCCAAGCAAAUUAACGAGUGGGCAGAUUAUUGAAUUGGCAGUCUCUGACAAAGAUGUGAAGCUGCAUGAGUUUUCCACCUCUUCCUCCUCUUGUUUAGUAUUUUGUGUGUCGUUUUGAAAUCAGCCCAGCUCAGCUUGUUAUGUUUUCAAUCCAUGUUCACAGCAUGGUGCCCGAAUGUCCUGAACUCCCUCUCAGUCCACUUCAGCACGUAUUAUCAGAGCAUUAGUCUGCCAAUAAAAGUGAAUUUAGUCCAGAUUGUUUUUGGGGACAUACUAAUGUUGCAUUGCCCGGCCAGAAGAAUCGAUUCAACGCGCAAACAACACUGUUGGUGCGGAAGAAAACCUGGUGGUCGAUGAUGUUUCCUGUUCCUGUUAGAAUUUCAAAGAGAUAAUUCCAACAAUUUAGUGAAAUGAGCUUCUUCGCUUUCAAACCUGGAAGAGAAGAUAGACACGAACCUGCAGUCUGAAUGUAGGUAGGAUACAGUACAAGGAGAUGGUACAGCAUGAUACAGACAAUAUGAUUCGAUACAACACAAUACAGUGCAGUAUGAUACCAUUUAAUGAUAUGGUAUGAUAUGAUGGGAUACGAUAUGACAGGACACAACAAGAUAUGAUAUAAUAAGAUGCGAUAUGAUAGUACAUAUGGUACUCUACAGUAAGACAGGAUAUGAUGGGAUGUGACUUGUGAGUGUAGUGCAAGCAGCCUAUUAAAUUUAUUUAAAAUGUAAUUGUAAAAUGUUAAUAAGGAAGCUUUAAAGUGGUCUUAAUGCCAAGCUAAGUUUUCUGGCUGGUAUGUCGGCCUUUUAGAUAGCUUUUAGAUUGUUAUCUUGAACUGUUUUGCUAAAUGCUGAAAUGAGCUAAGAUCAUUUUGAUGUCUUCAGUGUAAUCAGAUUUUGUGUUUGCAUGAUGAUUAAAAAACAGAUUGAUCGUGUCAGUCCAGCUAAACCUGGACUUUUCAAAUAAGCUUCAUGUAAUAAUGUUAGUCUGACUGAAAUCUCACUAAGUCAUAUUUCUUCAAGUUGGACUAACAUACCAACAUAACAGAGUUUUGGUUUAUUUUUUUCUUCCAUGUAAAACCUCAAUUGACUUCAUAAUGGCCCGGUCCACAUGCUUGGCUUUAACCCAUCAGCUGAACAGCAUCACUGUGUAGAGGGAAGCCAGGGAGUGAGACUUGUGCUAGCUUGUUUGUCGAUUGUUUUGGUAUGUGAUAUAAAAGGCGAGAACAUAUCACCUCCUGCUGUAACGGAGGCACUUAUUUGUCAGUGUUCUAUUUAAUUGUGGGUGUUUUAGUCUUUUAUACUUUUGUUUCAUAUUUUUGUACGACAUUGUCAAUCAUAAUAAUGCUAUAUCAUCACCUGCAUGGACUACAAAUGUUAAUAAUUUUGCUAAUUCUCUCCCUAUCAAAUACCUACAUUUAAAAAAAGCAUCAGAUUAACUUAACAGACAUUUAAUCAGUCUCACUCUUGUCUUCUGAGCAGUUUUGUGCAUUUCUCUGACAAACUGGGUGAUUGGAUUCUCCCAUCAGUGUUUUUUUAGUAAAACUCAAGACAGUUGUCCCUUAAUGAAAAUGAGAAACACUCAGUAGUCAUUCUACCUAGAAUGCUCUGGAGCUGUGACUCAGACCCUUCACAGUGAGGAACCACCACACUAACAGUCUGUAUUACUCCCCGCUGAAUGAUUGUGAUGGUCAUUGUCACCUGUAGUGUUUUCAUGUAAUUCCACUUUACCGUUACUUAAUUCGAUACCUGUGUUUCCCAGCCAGCUCCCCUUUAAUUGCAUUUGCAAGCAGGUCCACUCCGAGUGCAUUAGAUCCUUCCUGAUGAAUAUGGAGGGCUUUAGCAAACCUCCUUGUCACACAACCACAAUGUUUCAUGCCCUUUUGAUUAACAUGGGAUGGAAACAAUUAAGUAGUGGGGGGAGGCGGCGAGGCAGAGCAGCAGCAGCACAUUCAACAGCUUUAAAUGCUAAUUAGCUAAUGGAGGAUGAAAGAGCAGGCAACUGGCGAGGUUUCACAUGAACACACAUUCAAACUGAGGCGGCAGCUACGCUUCUUUCAUCUGGAUUUACCAAGACCACCACCAUUUUGUUUCCUUGAGCACCUCAGACAAUACAGCCAUCUUGUGUAACAUGAGGUUGUUUGUAAUCAAAUCAAGUUAAACUGUGUGAAGAAUUGUUUGUAAUAGAUUUAUUGUCAUGCUUUAGGAUUUGUAGAACUCUUCCUGUGCUUUUAGUGCAGUGAAUGUUCCCUUUACACACCUACUGUGUAAACUCCCCUGCCUGUUUCUGAAGAGCAGAAGCCCACACAAUGCAAACACGGUGGAAAGUUGGGACUGAGGUGGAUUUUUGUUGAGCUUACAUGCAGCAUAAAGCGUCCCACUGGGUUGUCAUUCAUUUUUAUACUUGGCAUGAAAGAAAAUCAAGAAUAUGUUGAGGGUGUGCUGGUCUGAUCCUCACCAGCCUUUUUUACUGAUCUGACACACAGAGAUGCUGAUCCUCUGAACCACUCAAAAUGUGGUCUUUCAUUUGGUUUAGACCCAGAUUUAAGGGGAAAAAAAAUGAUGAUUCACUGCAAAGGAGAAACAACCACACAUUGGUCUGUCAGUGUCUGACCAAGAAAUGCUGCUAUUGUGGCUUUUAACCCAGUUCUGCAACUGUAGUUCUCAUAAAAUUACUGCUGAACCGUAGAGAUUUGUGUAAAUGUCACGAUGAAUUACACCGAGUUGUUGCUCUCUAAAAGUUAACAGUGCGCGCAAUGCUAAAUCACUCUGGAUUAAAGGUGUUCCUCUAAGUGCCCAACAUGGACAUUUAAAUGAAGACUCUAUUAAGCAGCUCACCAAAGAAAGCUGUUCAAGAAGAACUGCGUGGUCUUAACAAUUAACAGGAUCGAUCUGGACAUUGUAGGUGGAAAUGCAUGUCCCCCCUGGCUACUUUAAAAAGGAGGUGAUACUUCCCUCUAACCUGAUCUGUCCGUAAUGAGGUACUAGUUUCACAGGUAUAAACAAUAAAAAGGACUCUGACUUGACUCUUGAUCAAGUUUGGUCUUUACUUGAUCUGCUGUUGAUGAAUAUUAGACGAGCAAAAUAGCAGUCAAAGUAAUUGACUAGAUUUUUCUUCAUUUUUUUUGACUAAUCUGGAAAUUUAUGUCUGGAUUUUAAAGGAUUCUUUAUUAAAUUUUUGAUUUAUUUAUUUUUUAUUGUGGGACCUGAUGUGAUUGUUUUUGUACAUGUGCACAAAGACCCAUAAUGCAUAUACACAAGCAUCAUCUUUCUUCACACUUGGCACAGAAUGUAUGAAAAACAGUUUUUGUAAGAAAAGUCCACAUAACACCUUAAUUAUUUAAAGAUUUUGUUUAAUAAUUAUAAGAAGAUAUAGGGCACUUCCAGCUUUUUAGCUAUCACACCACUCUUACGGAGUAGCCCUCAUCAUGUUUAACCCCCUCUAAAUCACAGAUGAAGAGCUGUCAGGAGCCUUUUUUUCAGCAUGUGGGCAGCAUACUGUAAGGAGUGAUCUAAUUUAAUCUGAACUGCUGUGUUAUUUUGAAGAAGGGACCAAGAGGCUCUUUAAGGGUCCCCACCAACAUAUAACAGCUCUGACUGUUUACAUAUUUUAUCACUUACUGGAGUAUUACACUCCAGCCGACAUGGACUGUAAUCUGAAAUAAACAUCUUUAUCAUCUCCCCCCAGUUUGUCAGGGACCGAACACAGAUGGGUUCCCGACUCUGUUGAUUUCCCUUAAAAGCCCCAAAUUUGUCACAACCUUCAGUGCUCCUUUGAGGGAGAUAGAGAGGCUGUCAAUAAGAGGGGCAAGGGGUGGGGAGAGGGGGAGGAAAAAGCAUGCUGUCAUGAAAAGAGCCGCUUCCUGGCUGGCUAGAUGCAAUCAUGGGCACUAUCUGAUAGCGCCGGAGGAAAUUGGAUGAGCUGAGAGCCGUUGGCUGCCAGUGAUGGGAAAGAUGACUCCUUUGUCACUGUGUCAGUCAAUUCCCUACUCUCACCUGAGAGACCAAUCAAUAAUACGGGGAGGGAGAGAGGUUUUCUCUUGUCUUUAGGCCUCUGUAUGCUGUUGGCUGCUGUCAAUUAUGAGCUGUAAAACAGCCUCACCUUCAGAGGAAUGUGGUUUGGUAUGUCGUGUAUGUGGGAGGCAUUAAUGUGUUAUGGCUCUACUUUAAUGUGAUGUGCAUGCGGAUUUUCAGGCAUGCUGUUGAUGAAUUACCAUGAGUUAAAAUUCAAUGGUUCCAAUACAUGCAUAUACUGUGUAUUGUGUUUCCUAUUCUAGACAGAUAUAAAUAUUUACACAUUCGCUAAAUUAGUUUUUGUCAUGUGAGGGUCUUUACCAAGUCCACUGGGCUUUCAAACUGUGAGACUUUCAGACUGUGAGAGUGUGCAGAGAACACAUCUUACAGGACAGGAUGUUUUGACAAAAAUCAGCUAUUUACUGUCUUGAGGAGAAGUUCCUGGUAUAAAAAGUUCCUGGUUCUUUUGGUUGAAAUGCGCCUUUACUUAAAUACUCUUCAUCCAUGGUUAUCAUGCAAAUGGUAUGAACUCCAACACAUGCUGAAGAUAAGAUUUCUUGUGUCUCUCGCAACAUAUAAUUUUAUAAACUAAACUAAUAAACAUAAUUAAGAACCAUGCGAUCAUCCUUUUCUGAUGAUGUUCAGAUUCAUUAUUUAUCCACAUCACCAGCUAAUGCCUCAUAAUUGAUUGUUUUCAUGCUUUUAUUUUGAUAUUUUUUCUGUCUUUAGUUUAAACUCCUUUAUCUCAUGUAGGGUCAAAUUACACUUUUAUUUUGAAGUAUAAGCUACUUCUGAUACAUUACCCAUAUGUUGUAACAGCUCUACGUUAGUGAUACCUUAACUAUGUAAUGCAUUAUACCAUUGAGUGAAUUUAUGUUCUUAGUGGCUCAUUGUAUCUGAUCAUAUUAAAGUGAGUUUCUACCUUUUUAUUGUUUCUCAGUUUAAUUGUUUCUUACCAAAACAUCAAAACAAAUACCUUGUAAGUAGAAUCUGAUUAAGUAAUAGACAGGAUUUUAACUCUUAAUAAAUUCAAAGGUAUACUGGGUGUUGUGUUAACAGUUAUUUUUUCUAUUAUUGUGAAAAUAUUACUCAUUUAUCAUUGUAUAAUUGUCAUUAUUUGUCAUGUAUUUAUUGCUUCACUCGCCGUUUUCUCUGUGCUAACUUCCAAACUGUUCAAACAAGUGGGUCCCCUCCAAUCUGGUUUUUAUAAAGUCUGUCUCAUCUCCUCUGCUGCUGUCUGUUCGACGGGUGUAAUCCCACACCAUCUAAAAAUUUCUCAGCUCUACAGCUCUCUAGUGCUGCAAUUGCCAUCAUUAGCAGUUGCAUCAUUAGCGGCACAAUUAAAGCCCAUAAGACCCAGAGAGGCUCAUAACUAUCAGUUGCUCUCAGACAUGUAAUAUUACAUCAGGCAUGGAGGACAUGUUGCAUGAUUUAGGUGUAUAAACAGAGACACUCGAUGAAUAAUUCAUAACCGUGAUAUCCUCCAUCAUGAGCUUCAACAUAUUCUGUGAGCAUUACAGCCAUACUGGUGCUGUGUAAGAUGAGGCUAAACUGUUCUUCUUCUCUUCACUCUUGCAGUUUCCUGAUACCUGUGAGGAGUCCGCCUCCCCAUUCGUCUUCAUCUGCACCAACCCCCAAGAGCUGCUAGUGAAAUUCCCAAUGAAAGGGAAACACAAGAUCUGUAAGUCCUGCUUCUUUCAUGUAUGGGGAAGUGAAGUGGAUGAAAUUAGCCAGUGUUUUUUUUUUUUCUAUUCGUGUCUUUUUUUUAUCAGUUUUCUCCACAUGCAUGCAUAAAAUAACAGGCACAGGAGUGAUUAUGCUCAGCACCGGCUCUGAUUACUAUAUAUUCAUAAAUAAAACAAAAUUACACACACACACACACACACACACACAUACACACACACACACACAAGUACAGAUCCUUUCUGAGAGCCAUCUGUAAAGAUGGGAUUGCGCUGUCAGGUUGCCUGGGGGACAAGCUAGGCCUGGAUGUGCAAUGUUGUUGCAGUAUUGUGUGAUUUAUAAUAGGACUCAAACACAUUUUCCCUCUGCUGCCAUAGCUGCUGCUGCAAAAUGAUGUACCUGCAAGCUCUUUUGUUAAUAUUUCAAAACCCUCUAAAGACUUGAGAGGAUUGUUUAUGCAGCUGUGCCUCUGUCAGAUCUUUCCAGAUCGAUGGAGAAGGCUUUUUGAGAUGCUCAAGGUAAAAUAAAGCAGGAGUUAUGCACCCUUUCUCAUUCUCCCUCUUUUACUGAAAUGAAUUCAACAACCUUGUGUCCAUUUUUGUGAUAAUAAGGACUAUAUAAAAGGCUGUAGCUUUACAAAGGUCCAGAGCAGUGACAAAGAGAUUUCUGCAGGUAUAUCAAGGUGUUGAAAGGAUUUCUUGUUUCAAAGGUUUCAGAAGUCGUUGUCAAGAUCAGCAAUGACACUGAAAAAAAGAAUCAGGCAAGCUGCGCACUCCAGUUAUUUUAUUUUGCUGUUCACUUUUAAUUGUGUUCUUUUUUUUCAGCGGCUUUAAUAGAGUCUUGAACAAAAGAAUAAACUCGAGGAAACACGCUGACAAGAUGUUUCAGAGUUGAUGUUAUAGGCUAAGAUUGCUUUGGGGGAAACUGAACCUACAUUAUUUAAACUUAUUGUAGCUUGUGGUUUUAUGAAUCUGCAGCUUUAUGGCUGUGUUGGACAGCUUUAUUCCUCUUUAAAACCCCUGAAGCCUGCUUCUUUUCCACUUUGUAUCACUUUAAGUUUUCUAUAAAUUGGAGAAGUUACUAAGGACUUUGCAGACAAAAGAGAAAUGCCGAAGUAAACCCACACCAUCAAUGUGCAUUCAUGCGGUCUAUAAGGAAACCUGAAACUGCGACAUUUUACAGUUUGACACCUUAUUGUCUAAAAAAAACCCAGCACUCAUACUGUGUCAUUGCCUGCAGACAAAUGUGUAUGUUCAGCACAUUUCUCUGUCUUCCUUUAUGAUCCAGCUGCCCUCCAGCUUUGUGUCAGCUGUGGCUGUCACAUGUGUAACAUGAUAUACUUGCUGGAUUGUCAGCCAGACACUCUUAAAUAGACAUAACCUUCACUACUGCAACAAAGAGUAAUCUGACUACUUGCAGCCUGAUUCAAGCUGCUCUUGCUUUAGUCAGAUGACCUGCUAUGUUCAAAAGACAGCCAUCACAAGGUUCCUACACAAAGCAGCUAAAAUUCACAUGAAUGACAAAUAAGCAUGUUUGGACCAAGCUGAUUUGGUGCCUUUAAAUAAGGUUGUUCAUCCCAUGUGAACAGAUCCCACUGUGUACUCUAUCCCCUGCAUAUUUUGCAUGUUCUGGUCAAGUAACGUACAGUGAUCUUAACAUGCCCUCCCUGUUGUACGUGUAAUCCUGGUUCUUGGAUUGGAUAUCCCGAUCCGCUGUACCUGCACAGUCCAGCUUGUCUUAUUCAUAUUCUGUCACCAGCUGGCUUUGCACUAUCUCACUCUCUUGCUCCCUCGGCCCCUCUUCCACCUCAAUUCCCACAGCAUCACACGGGUCAAGGCAUUGGCGCUCAUCUUACUCAGGAGGGCUUAGCACAAGUAUUUUUUUGCUCCCGCAGCAGCUUACAUUGACAAGAUCCGCUUGUCACUGACAUCGCCAACCAUCUCAUGGCUCAUCAGAAUGAGCAGGCAGAGGCGCAGUCUCCUGAUUUUCUAUUUCUUUAUGCAGACUCACGGCUUUAUUACAUAACACGGACAAGUGCUGCUCUUUCAUUAGAGUGUGAAACAUUAAUGUGGUUAAUGGUGUCUUUGGUAAUAUGCAAAAUCGGCACUGUGUGGCUGCUUGGAUUGAUUUUCCAUUAAGUGAAUUCGGUGAUUAUGUUGUGGAGAACAGUGAGUGGGAGGCUUGAUGAAUAUAUUAACUUAAAACUAUGACAAGCCUUGAUUUUACAAUAAGUAGGCUAUAUUAUACAGGUGUUAAACACAAUGUGGAUAAAAAGUGCCAGCCUUUUUCACCACCUGCAAAAAAAAUAACACCAGCUCCAUUUUUAACUCUUUGUUAUUCAUUUACGUUCAUCCUCAUUUGCUGUUACCUGGCAACAACCUCUUUGUCUCAGGUGUGUUUUAAAAUGAACAGAGCCAAAAUUGUGACAGAAAAACUGCUAUUAUCCCCCUUGAUAAUGUCAGUAUCACACUAGCAUCAAGCACUAAAAGAUUACAUUUCGUCUUCUGGUUUGCCAACAGGGGUUGAAAGUUUCUCCGCCUCACAGUAAUUGCUUUGACUCUGCACUUACAUCCUGCUUUACUUUGCCUAUUCUGUUCUGUGCUGUAUUGUAUUCUAUGAAUGAGAAUUGUUUUAUGUAUUUCUCUGGCAAGCCAAACAAAAGAGCUCUAAAGGCUGGUUGAUGCUAAAAUCUAGUUCACUGUGUAUCUUGGCAAUGCGCUGUGGGUUGAUGAGGAUCUGAUGAUACCGAAUGUGACACUAAAAACUACUAUAAAAACCAACCCUAUUUCCACAGUUUCUACAUAAAUAUUCAUAUUGAAUGCAGCAUUUGACUGUCAAAUCAUCAGGAUGAGACUUAUUAUCAACAAACAUGUAGAGGACAAGAAAGCAAAGACUGUUUUGUCCACAGGGGGCGCCAAAACUGACACAAACUAAAAAUUCCUCACAGGAGCUUUAACUUAGACCACAGGAGUAACACUGUGCACACAAGUGGUGCAACGGAUCACAAAACUCACGGAUCGGAUCGUUCCUCGGAUCAAGAGUCACGGAUCGGAUCAUUUUUCGGAUCAGCAAAAAGAAAAAAAAACAAGACAAAUAAAAUAUAUAAAAGUAGUGCACAGUGCAUCUUCUUUUUAACAUAAUUAUUAAUGAAAAACAACUUAAAGUACAAUAUACAGGCAUAUCUCCUUCCUUUAAAAUGUAACAAUGAACCAAAAAUGAAGUGUGUGCGCGAUGGGAUGUCGUAACGUGGCUCAAGCACUUUCAGCAUGUUUUUAAAGCCCUCGUUUUGCACAACUGAAUACGGCCUCAUGUCUGCAGCUAUAAACACACCGAUAGAGUUUGUGAAAGCUUUAGCCUGGUCGGAUUGCGCAGGAAGAGGCUGCUUAAAUGCUGCGGUGAUGAGCGGUUGUUGGGCAGCUUUCGUUUUAUCUCAGGUGUUAUGCCAAAGAAUGCACCCCUGCCGUAUAGUGCACCCCCUAACGGGAGCGCGGUUGAAAGUACAUAACAAGGCGAAAUAAUACAAGUUUUCCUUACGUUGGAUGUAUUCAAAAGCGUUUGCCUUUAAUAAUUUCAUUCAGGCUAUUCAUAUCAAAUAUGAGAUCAUUAUCUCCACUUUAAGAAGCUAACGGGUGGAGGGGAUGCAGGGGGUGCGUUCUACGGCAGGGGUGCAAUCUACGGUACAACACCUGUCAGUAAAACACCCGGGUGAUGUCGCUUCAAAUGCGUGAACAUGCUCGAUGUGUUUCCACUGUCAUGUGGCUUUCUUAUGCCACAGUGCCUACACUCCGUCGCAGUUUUGUACACUGACCUCUUUCCUUCUUCAUCAUAAUUGACAGGGAAGCCAAAAUGCUCCCAUGCAGGGGAUUUAAGUGUCGCGGGGCGUUCGAGCUCCUCCUUUCUCCGCUUUCAGAAAUCGAUCCGCGGAUCACAUGUGUGCCGAACCGAAUACGUCGAUCCGAACGGAUCACGGAUCAAUGAUGAUCCGUUGCACCACUACUGUGCACACAAGACAAUUACCUUUCUUCACACAGGGUUGUUGUAUUGUGGACACAGGUUAUUUUCUUAUGGGCAAAAGUUAUUAUCUUGUGUGUUCAAUAUAAUCAAAUCCUCUUCAUGGGACUUCAGGAGCAUUUUAGUUUUGUGUUUUUUAAAUUUUUUUUAAUUUAAUUUUGCACCAGAACGGAUUUGACUAUUUUCUUCUUUGUUUAAGCUUCUCUAAGCCAGAUUUUAUAUGUGUUUGAAUUAUUAUGUAUCAGUAUUUAAUUAACUACUGGAUUAACAUUAUCAUGCCAAACGCAUUCUUCAGAUUUUAGGACCCUUAAAACCCAAAAGCCUAAUGUUGAGAGUCCAUGUCAUCUUCAAACAGUUUGGUUUUUGCUUCUGAGCUCUUACCCAAGAAUUAAUCAUCCCGCUCUUAAAUGGAGGGAGAAGCUAAGCCACACAUGGUUCAACAUAAUAAGGUGUAUUUGACAGUUUUUAAAUCAUGUGUUGCCCUCUGCAGCCGGUCGUGUGGCUGGUUUGGGGAUAAUACGCUCUUCUCUUCAGGAUGCAAACUCAGGUUGGUCAUUCAUUACCCUGUGGAGGAGUCUGUGACAUUUAAAAUGGCACACGGCCAAGGCUCACUCCCUGUAAUAAGGGAGGUCCAUUAUGGUUUAUGGUCACAUCCUGUGAACAUUUGUAUCAGUGUGUGUGUGAGAGCUUCUGUGUAAGCUGAAGGUCAGUCUGGGUGUUGAAAGCUAUUUGGCUCUCUGACAUGAACGCACAUUUCCUUUUUUUUUUCUUCCCUUAUAUAUAUUCCCCUUCCAUAUGUUUUCACCUGACAUCCUCUGCAUGGCGUGACUGUGUACACAGCUAGAAAAAUGAAAAACACAUCAGACUCUGCUGUACCUAGACCUAUUUUUUCUUGUAAUAUAUGUUGGCUCUAAACCCUAAACUAAGCCCGUUGUUCACCCUGAGCUGAUGUGUAUUUUAAUGAAUAGACAUGUCUUAUAGGCUUUAUUUAUGGCCAAAGGGAAUUUAGUUUUUGAAGUUUAUCCUAAAUGCAAAAACUCUAUGAAGCCAAGUUUUUAUCCUCAUAUGGCCAUAACAUCUGUUUUCCACCUUUAUGUAGGGGUUUGUUUUCCUGAGAAGAAAAGGACAGUGUUCCUACUGUUGAAGUAUUUUGAAACAUUCAGAGAUCCAUGACUGGAGGUCUGGCCUCAAAUUGAACCUUAUUUCUCCUUGAAACAUCUUACUUAAAUAUCAAACACAUUUGGUUUCAGGACUUUCUCUGAUCAAAUAUACAUGAAAUAUCAUGGUGGAAAUCCAAACCCUGAUUACUCAGAACACAGGGAGUACAUUUCUUUGUUUCUUAUUUACUCUGGAGGCUCAAUGAUUGGUGGACAUAGUCAAUAAAAAAUGAUGACGUUCUUAGUUAUAAUUGUAGUAACCUUUCCAUGUUGUGAGCAGAAGUAUCAUCAUAUUCUGAAGCUAAAUUUCUGAGGAGUGAGACAUUUGUUAGCUCUACCAUCUCUGCUGAGAGCAGUCCUUGCAAAGCAGCAACUUGGAACUGAAGGGUAAUCAGAAUAUAGGAAAAAUGAUCAUACAACACUAUACUUAAAAAUUCUUAAAGUUACAGUAAGGAACUUAAGGCCCGUGUUUGUACUGGCGCCCCCUUUGGACAGAGAGAUACCUGUUAUCUAUUAGUCUGUACAUGUAAAAGUACUAUUGUUAGAUAGAAAAUAACAUUGCGUGAUCUUUUGUCAAUGAUAUUUUUUACUCACUGUGAGUAUUUCCUUCUUAAAAAUGACUACAGUGAAUCUAUGAGACAUUUUACUGAUGGUCUUGUGUGGUUUUGAAGGUCAUGCGGGGGAAUCUGUACUAGUUAAAACCUCCUCACAGCUCCUUUAAGACUGGGAAUAUUUCACUCCACAUAUGCCGAAAAUACAAGAGUUGCCAACAGCAUUUAUAAACUUCAAUAAUCCUGACCUUGCUGAGCAGUGUACAAACACUGAAAAAAACAGCAUGUUAGACGGCUCUUUUAAAUGUCAGCUGUGGCCUUUAACUUCAAGGUCUAGAGUUACAGCCACAGUGUGUGACAUAAACAUUAGUUUUAUGUUAAAAUAAGUAAAAAUAUGGCUUAGAAAAAUGACAGCCUUUAAAUGGUCAUGCAGUUUAUCAUCUAAUUAGAUCUGUUCCUGUGAUAAUCAAUGAUUUGUCAUUUACUAAAAAAGUAAUUGUCUUUUAAAGAAGAGUAAAAUCCAAAUCAAAAGGCAGCUGUUGUAUUAAAGUCUCAGUCUUUCUCAGUUUGAAAUAGACAUAAUCAGGAUUAUUGCUGCUAAAAGAACCUGAAGGUGUUGCAGAAUAAAGCGUGAAGUAACCCAAGAGAAAUGUUCGACCUUCGCUCUACGGUGCCUCCAAUCAUUUCAAAUCCUUUUCCUCCCAAGCAUGAAAAGUGCGUGCACAGAGUGAUGUUGCAUGGGUUAUUUAACGGCUUGUUUAAAGGGCGCUGAAAAUCAGUCCUACAAGCACUCCUUAAGUCAGCUGACAGAAGCACUAAACUAGUCAAGGAAAAGCAAAGCUCUGAAUUAGUUACUUUAAAAUGUGAUGAGCUCAAAGUAUUCAGUGUCUUUUGAUCCAUUUUUGGAUAUAAUCAGGCAGACUUUAAGAUACCACUCAGAGGAGGAAAGGCUUCAAACGUUAGAGGAAUGAAAAUCAUUUUCUGUUUAUGAAUUUGUUCUGUAAAAUCUCUCAAGGUUUCUUUUUUUUUUUUACCAGUAAAUACUAUCUUCACACUUGCGCUAAACAUGUAAAUUAGUCCUCAGAAUCACUCAGUGUUUCCCACACAAUGUGCUGAGAGAAAAGAAGCGAUUGUAACCCGUUAUAGAAACACAACAGAAGGUCCUUUAACAGCUUUCAAAGAAAAGAAAAGGUCAUUCCCUGCUCGCCUCUCAGCCUGCUGCUGCUGCUGAGCACAUAACUCUUGUGAUAUUACAUAUUAUUCAGAGAGAGCUUUUGUGAGUAUUGGCUUAUCUUUCUCUACAAAGAUGAGUCGCUCUGAUGGCUCUCCAGCAGAUACAAAAGAGCUCUUUUUUUUCGGAGGUUUGCUCUAACUACAGAGAAGGAAGUCAUGGAUAUAAUUGCGAAGAUGAAAAAUGUAGCUCCAGCAGCAGGUCAUGAAGAGAUCUCUUUUAUCUCUGGUCAUGUGAGCCAUUGACAUAUAUAAUCUGAAAUCCACAAGAGACUGGAGUCAUUACAAAGGACCACAAGGUCGACGAAGCAGUAGCAGUUCUCCUGCCUAAAGGCUGAGGCUCCAUGUCAUUUCCAUCCUACAGAUGAUUUGCUCUGAUGUGAAGAAUAGCAUCCGCUCCAUCAAACAAACAAUCAUUCCCCUUUCUGAUAACAUUACACUUUCUGGAUUUCCUUGUUGUCUAUCCAACCUAAUUGCAGUCCCUGCCUGUAAGCCGACAACUGAAUUCAUGUUUCAGUGUUGAAGUUUAAGAGUUGUGCUGUGUGUACUCGUCAAAUUAGUAACAAGUGGGAGGAAACAGCUGUUUGUCAGAUGUAAAAUCAUUUCAUUAAUUAUCAAUACGACAUUAAUUUCCAGCAGGCUCUGCUUGGAGAACUUCCCUGGCUUGUAAAACAGGUCCAUAAUAAUGUGAGGUAACCUGAUUUCUGGCCUUUUGGACAUGUUUUGUUUUCAGUUUCCACAUAAAGUGUGAACAUUAAAGGGAUGUUCUGGCGUAUAAUUAAUUUGAGGUCAAACACACCAUAAGACCGAGUUAGACACCCCUUGAGAGAUAAAUGUUGCAGACCGCUUGCUUCUCUAGUUAUACCAACUUUAGUAAUGACCACACAAUAGCAAUACACAGCAGUCUGAGGAGCCAUAAACAAACCUCAACCAGAACACCACUCUAUAGCCACAAAUAAAGCUCAGAACAGCACCUAACUUCAUCAGCAGUACAUAUAGGGUCCCAGGCAUAGUACUAGCCACCAAACAUCUGUUUAACUUUGCCUAAUUUCUUUAGCAAAGAUACGAAACACAACUCACCUACUCUCUUACAGCAGCCGCUUGUGUGAAUAGAGACCUUGGGCAAAUCCAUUACGGACUGCAGGGGGGUGACACAGCUCAAGGAAGAACAUUUAUGAUUAUUACUUUAUUAUUUCCUUUAAGUCAUAAUCAUCAUAUGAAUCAUUUUGUGCUGCAGACGCGGUAGUUCCUCUGCCUUAGCGUCUCGUUCUGAUUGCAUUUCCAUGAAGAAAUGAUGUUUGACCCUAACUUAAUUUUAUGCCGGAAUAUCCCUUUAAUUGACACAUUUGACUGUCAAAAAUCAGCAGGAUGUGAUUUCUUUGGGGAAGAGGAAAAUACUGCACUGUCCACAAGGGGCGCCAAAACUGACGCAAACUGAAAUCCCUCAUCGGAGCUUUAGCUUCUAUCGUACUGCUUUAACUCAGUCUCAUCAUUAGAAAAGUUCCUCUAUCUCCUUGUCUCCCAUAGGUAAUAGACUAAAUUGGGACUUCACUUUAUAGCAUGCUCAACACUUACCUACAAAAACACAGAAAACUACAACUAAGCAUAAUACAGCAUUUUUUUUUCAAAGUGCCCUCUGUAUGCUUGACUUAUGGUUUGUCUCCAGGUUUAAAAAUACAGGCCACUCAAAUCCAGAACAAUACAUUUUAAGCACUCUUAUGGGAACUGCUUGAAGCGAAAUAAUCUAUGCCGACUUGUUUCUGUGUACCAGCCUCGUGCCAGGGGAGCAGUGAGCAUGUAUCACAAAUAAAUGAACCUCUUUAUUUGUUAUGCAUUCAGUAUCAUACCCUUGUACACAUUGCACUUCCCGCUCGCUUUUCAGUGUCAUUUGCAUUUUCCACGCAUGCAUUAUCAAGCUGUUGCAAUAUGUAUGGCUUUUAUCCUUUAGCUUGCUCCACAUAUGGAAAUAACACAUCAUAUUCCCAUAGAAAAUAUUGCAGUGAAGUUGUGCACUACUAACCAUCGGCUGCUCUGUUACCUUGUGAUUACCUCUUUGUUUUACGUGUGAAAUCGCAGCCCUGUGGGAUGGCAAAUAGAGAAAGCCAAUUACCCAACAAAUGUCCACCUUCUCUCCUGAGGUGGUCACGAUUUUUUUUUUCUUCUCCUCUAUUUCUCCCCUGCGCUCUCCCCCUGUCAUCCACCGCCGGGAGACAGAAAGAGGUUAGAGCCACGGAAGUCCUUUUUUUUUGUUAUUUAUUCAUGGAUUUUCCAUUUAAUAUUCAUGCCUUUUUCAGGACUAUCUGGGUGCAGAGGAGAAUUUGCUGCCUUGGAGGCGGCGGUGGCCAAAAAUCAGGUUUCAGCUCCAAUGAGCCCGGCGGAUAAAGGGAAGAGAGAGAGUGAGAGAUAGAUGGAGAGGGAAGGAGCGAGCAGGGUUUCAUGUGUUCUCUAGUAAAUGAGAGGCAGGCCUUGAAGGUGACAGGCUGUGUUUAUUACUGAUCUGUCAGCCGGUUAAUGGGCAGAGGAGAAGAGACGAGAAAGGAGAGAGCUGAGCUGUUGAGCAGAGACCAGAGCACACAGGCAGGGGAGCCAGAGGAGCCCCAAGCAAUAAACUUUGCCUACUGGAUAUGCUUGUUCUUACAGAUUCAGUAACAACACAUGCAUGCUGAAUUACAGAGCCAGGAACGAGAUUAUGAUCUCCGACAUGUGACAUUUUAUCUUUGUUGUCAUGACUCUUUUACAUUCAGACAAACAUCUGCAGUAAGGAGCUGUUGGGAUCUAUUUCUUUUUAUUAUUUUUUUAAUCUAAACUCAGACUUUCUUAUCCACAUGGCCCAGUAAAUAUAUUUUUCUUCCCUCAUAAAAGUUUCAUGGAUGUACUCAUGAGGUGUGCAGAAACAUUUUGAUAUUUUCCUUCUUUAUUCUUGGAGGUACCGUGUAAUUUAACUUAAUUUUGGCUUUUUUGUUCAUUAUUUUUAAACAGAUCUGAUUGCAGAAUAUUUCAACUAAAAAAAAUUUUUUUGUGCAAAUAGCAUACUGGCUAAUGUUUGUCACCAGGUUUUUACCGUAAUAAUUUGAAUAUAUAUAUAUUUUUAAUUAAUUUAUUUAUUUACAUAUAUAUAUAUAUAUAUAUAUAUAUAUAUAUAUUUUUUUUUUUUUUUUUUUUUUUUUUCUUGAAAAUAAGUUCUUUUGCAUCUACUGAUAUUGAAGAUUGCUGUCUUAAUGAAGAUAUGAAAUACCGAUGUCGUGCAAAAAAAAAGCAUACCACAGUACCAUGAUUUCAUACAAGAGGUCCUUUAUGUUGGCUGCCACUUUAUCAAAUGGAGGGUGACAAAAUAUUUAAAAUGCAGAAAAACAAUCUGAGAGGUCAGACACUUCGGUGGUAAUGAAAUACUUGAUCUCAUCAGCUGUUUAACCAUUUGCAUGCAGCCAACGGUUCCAGAGAGCCGUGGUUCCUGAGAGCUAACAGAGUGUAAACAGAGAAACUAAACUAGAUUUCCAGUUGAAAGAGAGUCACGGUCAUGUCAGGUUUAGACUUCAUCUGGCCUUUUAUGUUUGAAACAAAGAUAAAAUUAUGGAGGGUCCCUCACUUUCAUCUUAUCUUUACAGCUUUGGUUGAAAACAUCUGACUCUUACUUGGAAUUCAGAGUUUGUUAUCUUUGCAGUCAAGGUUAUGUGUUAUCAGGUAAUAAGUAAUAACAGAUAUUAACACAAUGAAGUAAUUAACUAAUAUUCCUAAUGCUGGAUGGAGCCCAGGUCUUUCAGAUUGAACUUUCUUUCUCAUACAGACUUGAAUAAAAGGAUAAAUCUGAUAUAGUUUGUAUUUUGAUUCUGAUCUGUGCACAAGCCAUUUCUCUAUAAUUGCUAUUAAAUGUGAAUGGAAUAACAUCUUAAGUAGAACAGUGUAGUCUUGAUGGGGACAUGCUUUGCCGGAGAGCUUUGUAGUGUUUGAUUGCACUUGAGCUCAGAGGUUUUAUCAGCCGCCCUCUGUAAUGAAACCUCUUGGUUCUCCAUCUCAGUAAAAGGGUGAAAAGCCUGCGUAAAGAAAUUGCCCUCUGUUGGAGCAAUAGAUUUGUCCUUCCUUAUCUUAACUAAGCAUUGUUGCCUUUAUCAGUCACCAUUACACAACUCAAAGCAAUCAGCAUUUGACGUGUGCAGUCUUUCUUUAGUGUCACGUUCAAUGCAUGAAUGGCAGGAUCUCUUUAUUCAGCCGCAGAUUUUUCUUUUUUGUUAUUCUCUGUAAACAGUAAUUAUCCAUCUCUGUGUCAAUUAUAAAGUAAGCAUAUAGAUGUGUGGGUGUUUACAGCUCUGUUGCAGUAUGGAUGUUUCUGUAUAGUUGCACAACCCAGUUUUCCUGACUGUGCCUGAGGGGGUUAUACCCCUGAGGUUAAAAUUGAUUUAGUCUCUGGGAAUAUAUCGUGAAUGAAAGUGUAGAACCCAGAGUAAUGCCUUUUUCAUUCACUCAGCACAGCAGAUUUAAAAACAUUGGCUUUGGAACCAAAUUAUGUCCACGCUUCAAGUGAUUUUUAUUUUUUCCCACUGAGAAAAAGCAAAAAAAACAUGUUUUCUCAAAUGCAGGAUUCAGCCAACAUCAGUAUUCAUUUUCAUUUUUUCACCCGGGUUACAAAGAAGACAGUUAAUCGUUUCUUUUCUUCUCAGUUUGAACUUUCAUGUUCAGUUUUUUCUGUGGUCACACAUUCUUUAUUUAUACGGGUCAGUGUGCAUGAAUAGAAGAACAUAAGGUACACACAGUGCUCAUGCUGUCCUCACUUUGUCACAGUGUUCAAGCUGCUGCAGCGACACCGUGACUCAUAUUUGUGGUUUUUCUUUGAGCCUCUGAGGUUUUUUUGUUGCUCUUUAACGUUAAGUUCAAAUAGAAAUGAGUGAUAGAAAAACACAUCUGGUUCAGUGUCUUUAUUUGACUGGAUCCGUAUGUUGGUGCCCUCAGUUUUCCUGUUUCCAUUCCCACAGAUCCUUUUGUUUUCCCUUUUUUUGUCCAUCUUUUCUCCGCCUCGUCUUUGUCUCUGUCCUGAGCUUGUCACAGUAAUCAAUCUAGGUCAGAGCUGAGAGGGGGUGCAGACAGAUGUGCUUUGCAGUGUGAUCGAUGUCCUUGAUUGGUGAGAGAUUACUCCUGUGGGGGUGUGCGUGAGUGUGUCUGUAUGUGUGUGUCAUCGACUGAUUGGGAGGGGUGUAAUAGUUAGCAUGGAUGAAGUUGGUCUGCUGCUGGGAUUUUGUUAAUUUGUUGUGUUAAGAGCUGAAGCUCAAUAGGUGGAUGAUUUACACGGUUCAAGAGGCUGAGGGAAGCGAGCAUGUUCAACUCGACACGGUCAAUGAGUCACCUAAGGUGGUUAAGAAGUGUCACUGAAUGUUUCUUUAACCUACUGCCAGGCACAGAAUGACUUCCUAUUUUUAUCUCAGCAAUAUUUCACCAAACGCACAAUGUAAUAAGAUCAUGCAAAGGGCUCUUACUGGAAAAUUCAGUGUAAAAGAUGCUCUUUUGAUAUCUUUUAAGUCAUCUAAGAAGUGCAUCCUUUGCACCGAUGUGACCAACAUACCAGUGUUAAAUGCAGAGAGAGGCAUUGUAUCAUGUUACAGUUUACAGCAGCUUCAAUGUGCGAAGAAGAGCAGCCUAACCACAGCUCUUUUUGAUGCUUUUCUCCUUCAUUAUGCCAUAAUUACACUUUCAAAGGAAACUGUAGUGUACUUUAAGGUAAACAAAUCUUGUAAAGUGCUGGUUUGAUUGAGAGACUGCAUUUCAAAACAAGAGACCUGCAGGGUGGUAGCUGGAGUCUGUAAUGUGGACAUGGGUGGAGGGUCUGUCCAUACCUGAGCUCAGCUAUCACGCAGAGUGAGGUGGUGGUAAUAGAUGGUAGCAGAGAGAGCUACACAGUUGCACAGAAACUGCAGGUUGCAGAGCACGAUGGAACAUAGUUAGCUGGUCCAGUUAAUUAAUAGUACUUUUGAUAUUAUCAGCUUAAAAUGCUGGUCAUACAUUGUGUCUGAGUGAAGCCAGCCGCCACUUGCGCUACUGCCAUGAUGCUAUUGAGCGCCAAUCAGAUGUAAAGAAGCAUAGAUGAGGAGGAUUAAGUUGUGUUAUGAAGGCUUAAAUGGUUUAAAUGGAAUACAACUGUUUUACUAGUGCAACACACCACCAGCGCAGUCAUGUGGUUUUCAAACCUGCAGGGAUGACUGAAAGGCCAGUGGUGCUAGCUCUGCAGGUGUUAGCCACACUAAGAAAUGCAUUCAACACUAUUUCAUUUCAGAUUCUGUCAUCCAGUGUAAUCCAAACUUAAUUUUGACAAGUGUCUGGAUUUUUUUAUAAUCUUUAGACUAGUUGGUCAUUUGGCAUGCAAAGAAAAUAAGUCGCCUCAGGACAUCCCAACUGUUUAAAAAAGUGUUGCUCCCAUCAACUUUAAAACAAGCCAAUUUUUGAGUUUUAACACUUUUUAUAUCCGGACACUGUCUUUGAUUAAAAAAAAAGGCUGUUAUUGAAUUGCAAACCACUAAAUUCUGCUUUUAUUAACAUAUUUCCAAACAUCCCAACUAUUAAAAGAUAGGAGUUUUUAUUUUUGUUCAACUGAGCCCAUCUUUAGUGAUUUCAUAUCACAUUUCAAACCACAUUUUAUAUCUAACUUGUUCUGCAGAGCUCUGAGACUGUGGGAAGUAUUCUGUGAAAAUCAUUUUUACUUGAGGAUAUUUUAGAGAAAACAUGACUUUGCAAAAUUAUACGAAGGGUGGCCUGUGAAAAAACAGAGUUCUGCUAGUAUAAACAUGACACUCUGCUACCUAAGGCCAUCAACAUUUCUUUCAAAACACAUCCUAACCAGUGUUACCACCUCAAUCUUCUAGAGAGGAACAUCAACAGAGGUAAUUUCCCUCACAGGAGGCUGUCAGCUUUCCGUCAGCUGUCAGCGUUUUGCCUCUUUUCAAAAGAGCAUUUGAUUCUUGUAGUUUUCCUCUCCUUGUGAAAAGGAGUAGACAGAUGUAGAAGCCAUUAGCCUCGGGGAGAGACGGCACAGAUGUGUCAACAAGACUUGACUUUUACAGUCCAAGUGAAGUCUGAGCAAACAGUGGCUGUGUGGAGGCCUGUGUGGCUGAGCAGUGAUCCUGGGACACGGUCGCACGGCGUUGCCCCGAGACUCCAAACAGACCGUGACUCUAGUUCUCAUUACAAGAGCAGGUCAGACCACCCCAAUACGGAAAAUAAAUAAUGCAGGGGAAAACCUGAGUGCUGCCACCUCACUGACAACAUCCACACAGCCGUGUCCUUCAUGAAUAAGCGCCUCAACCUUUUAUAUACUCCUGCUGUAGGCUGGGGGUUUUAUGCUCAUACUGCACUGGAGUUUUUUUAGCCAAAUAUCUGCAAUUUCAUCUCUAUUUCUGAGAGUUUUCUUUGUCAGUGGCAUCUUAAAAAGAUCUUUUAUUGUUACAAAAACUCAUAUUUAACAGAUGACACCAGCAUAUUAAAAAACACAUGUAAAGAGCUGUAAAUACACAAAGAAUGCGCUGUUUACAAUCCAUAUUAAAGAAAAAAAAAAAGAAUAAAAAUUGCACAUGUUGCUUUUUUCUGUCCGACGUUCACAUUAAACCCAAUAAUCUACCCUUUUACUCUCAGCUACGGCAAAGAUAAGCAGCAAAUCCUCAUUUUUAAAGAAGCACUUAGUGAAAUUUCAGCAGUUUUGCGUGCCAAAAAAAAGCCACUAAUGUUGGUCUAUUAAUUUUCUGUAAUCGAUAAACUGUUUUAAGCUCUUCUGUCAGACUAUGUACACAAUCUAAUUCCACUCAUUUCUCUCUUUCUUGCUUUCUCAUGGGCCUCCUAAAAACCCUUGAAAAAUCCAAUUCUUUAUCUUAAUUUGAUCUCAAUUUCCUCUAGCAGUCGCAAUGGAGAGUCCAAGAUGAAAGCCUUGAAAUUCUAAUUAAGCUGUAAUGGCAGCAGCAAGUUGAUAUUUUUCCUGCCUGUGCGUUUCUCCCUCGUCAGCCCUCUCCCUCCUUCUAUGUUUAGCUUGAUCUCUUCAAAUUUAUUUCCUACUUUGUAACCAGAGGCAAGAGCCCUUGACUCGCUGCCCCCACAGCCGCAGCCAAGGCAGCCAUUUAAGUUGUGAUUAAAAAUUAAUGGUUGAGUGAGAGAGAGGCAGCAGAGAGGGGAACAGGGGAGGGCAGGGGAAAAGAAAGAGACAAUGCUCGAGCAUGAGGGGAAGGCUUUGGAGAGGGGAGCAAAGCCCAGGCAGCAGCUGCUCCCUGAUAGAGGGUUGGAAGGUCUCCUCAAAACUCUGCUGUGUUUAACUGCGCUGCUCACGCCCCGCCAUGAAUAUUGCAUUACCGCACUAUAGGGUUCCUUGUGUUACCCCCACAGAGUGUCGAGCAGAGUUGCAGCCACAGAGCCAAAGCGGCCAAGUCAAGCCUGGCCCCCACUGUGAUGGGGGGUUGUCCACAUUUACCCAGACAUACCUCAAAAACCAGAGCAGUUUUCACACUGUGUUUUUGCCAGAUAGCUUCAAAGGAUGAAGAAAAAACUCAUUUUAUUCCACGUCAAAAGAAAUUAUCGAUACGAAACAUAAAACGGGGUUUUCUGGCCCUGAAAUGUAUUUCUGCCUCAUGUUGGUGUUUGGAUCCCGGAAGAAGUUGUUUAAGGACUAUUUACUGUGCGGCCAAAGGGAUGGCUCUCACUCAAGUUUAUCUCUAUUUAAAUUCAGACAUUAUAAGACAGUAACAGCACUUUUUAAUGCUUCAGUGCAUGUUUGAUCAGUUUCAAGCAAAAAUCAGCCAAGGCAUCUUAAUGUUAAAAGCAUGAAGAUUUAAUUUCCAUAAUUAAUGGUGUCUGAUAUAAACACAAUACAUCAAGCUGUUUCCAGUCCAAUACAGUGUAACCCAACCCACUUUGUUAAUACAGCACAUUAAAAAAGAGUGUUUUUCUAAAACUGGUAGAAUUAAAAACUAACCAGAAGACUUGAAGCAGUGAAAGUGCACACAAAAAGGCAGAAAUGAGAGAGACAUGGAGGAAACAAAAAGAGGGUUAAAAUACAUAAAACACUGCAGAUUGCAUAAGACAAUUAAGUUACAGUCAGAUGAGGUGACAUGCAACCUAUCAGCUUGUUAUUUCUGCGUCAUCUCCCAGUUAUUACAGACCAAAACAAUCGACAAAACAAGUUAGCAUGUGGCUAAUGGGAUGUAUGCACAGCAAUGAAAUGCUGUCUUUUUUACAGCUCUAUACCGUUUGUUUGUGUGAUACCUUAACUUUGUCUUUAUGUACGUCCUUUCUUUGUCUAUCCAAUUUUUUUUGUUUACCUGACUUUCUGGAACCGUAUUUGUGGCCCUCUGAAUACUUAGGCCAGUUUUAGUCCAAUGGGGUUGUGUACAUUUUCAAUGUAGUGCGAUUUCAGUCUGAUUUAUGUGUUUACAUGUAUUUUAAAAGUCCAGUUGUAGUCAGACGAGUGCAAUAAGUCGAUUUUUGGAUCAUGUAAACAUACUGAUUGUAAAAUGAAAAAGUAAAAAUACAUUAGACGAUAAAAAAUGUAAAUGUCUUAGCAUCAGUAAUACACAAUACACAGAAAAACAGCAUGAGAACUCCUGCAAAAAUAACAGGUCUAGAUUGUACUCAACAACAGCGAACCAGUAAGAGCACUUAUUUGUAAACAUUUGUUGACUGAAACAAAGGAAAAGCUUCAUUUAACAAGCACAAAUCUCAAGCAGAACCAGAGUCCUUGGUUAACAGUCAUCUGCUUUGACUGAAUAAUAAAAUGGAAGUAUUGGUGUUAUUGUAUCUACCCAGUUUACCAAGUGCAGGUAUUAUAGAUGUUUUCAUGUUUAUACACACAACUCCCCUGUUAAGUCAAAGCUCUCCCCGAAGGCCACUGAAAUAAAGGGCAAUCAGUUUUCGUCUUUCCCAGCCCACUCUGCGCCUCGGUCUGACUCUUCGGCCAUUUCUCUAAAAGCUAAACAGAAAUACCAAGAGAGCGCGCAAGGUUGUGACCUUGACUUUACUAGAUGAUGAGCUAUGGUGCUUGCAUCACGUCCUGACCCUUUUUCUUCUCCUCCUGGCCUCAUUCUCUGUAUCGUUUCAUUACAGCGCUCCUCAGAGCCCAUUACCCUCUGAUAUGAGUGCACAUUUCUGCACUGCCUAUCUGUUUUCCCCUGUUAGUGAAAUUCAACCAGGAUCGCUCAUGUCUAUUUGAAUGGAAAAGCCACAUAUAUUUACACUGGUAUCUCACCAAAGCUAACAAGACAAGAGACGGUAACGAAGGUUUUGAAGAAUUCAAAGUCACAAUUUUGAUAUGACUUAAAAAUGCAUUUAUUGGUUUCAUUGCAGCAAAUUGCAUUUAAAUGUCUUAACAAAUCCCAUGUCUUUUUGCAAACUGUGCAUCAGGAGAUUAGAAAGAUGUUGAACUAAAGACUGGGAGCACUGACACAGGUAAUCUCUCAAAUGGACAUUUCACAAGGAAUCAGUAUCAAUGUUAGUUGACUUCAGUCAACAGUUGAAAUAUUGUUAUAGAAAACACUGCGAAGAGCAGAUGACUAUAAACAAAUCAUAAUUUCAAACAAUUCUCUUUUAAAGAGAUGGUUGGCUUUGUAUGAGGUUUUUGUCAAUAGUUAGUGUCCUAUCCACAGAGGGAUGCUCCUCAGCUUGAACAAACAUUACUAACUGCCACAUACUGGCUUUUUUUAAGUUAUUUGCAUCGUUUGCAUUUGCAUACAGUGUAUGUUUACAUCAACAUUCAUACUCAGGUGGGACUUCAUAAAAAUAAGGUGGUUGCGUUAACUUCAUCUGCGUUAGCUUUUUUCCAUCUGGUUUGUCACACUGGGUGGACUGUGCUGACCAGGAUCCCCUUUGGUCAAUUCACUCACUAACAACAAGGACCUAAUACAACCUCACUGAAAAAAAGAGAACUGUCCCUUUAAUUAGGGUUGCUUGUUUAUGGUAAUACCAUAGUCAUGAUUGUCUUGACGGAUAUUGAUACUGUGUAUAUUUAAAAAAAGAUUACCAAUGAUUUGACAUAUACAUUUAAGCAGCUUAAACCUCUUAAGACUUAAAAACCGUUAAUUCUUUGAAAGAUGAUAAGACUUUUCUUAAGUCUGUCUUUUUUGUUUACCAAAGCACACACCUGCCUCCUCCUUCUUUAGAUAUCAUAAUUUUAUGACUGUGGGGGGCCAUAGUUAUGACUAAAAUUAAAAUCUGAUAAAUCCUCUCACUCUUCUUUUCAGCACUGAAGCUGAAGUUCACUGCAGAGUUUCAGGUUGGUGGGAGUUCUGAGGAGUUAAGAUGUGAAAGUGCCAGAAGGUUUAGAUAUAAAAUCAAAAAGUGAGGCAGCAACACUGCUUGUUGAUAUUCAGCAAUGCAGUUAAAAGUUUGGAAACUUAUUGGACUCUGUUUUUCAGAGUGAACGUACAUGUAUAGUAAUAAUAGUUAUUUUUCCUGAGGUAUGGUUAGCCUAACUAUCGAAGCACCAGCUGUAUGGAGGCUACCAUCCUCAAGGACUCAAAUCCAGUGUGUGACCCCAUACCCAAGUCCAUGCAGGUCAAACUAUUACAAAUUAUAGGAUGCUUUAAAUUAGCAGGUCAGUAUUACAGAAAGUGAGAUAAAAGGACAAUUUAAAAGCUUGCAUAAGUGAUAAGUUUGCAUAUUUCAAAUGUUUAAACCCAAAAAUAUAGUUUCAGCCCAGAGGAGAAGCUCUUGUCAAACGGUUAUCCCGUUGAAGACAAACUGCUGCAUCAUAUUUAGCAUUAUCAACCACAGCAGUGAAAAAACUAAGCAAAAACAGGACAUUGUAGCUUUAAAGGUUGUGUCUUCCUUAAUUGUCAGGCCAUAUUUGUCAUUCUGUAAACAUAAACACAUAUACAAAGCACUGAUUAGUUACUUUAAAGCAGAAUAAAAACUGAAAUAGUAUCUGGAUGUUCUGUGUAAUUUAAUUUAAAACAGUGGAGAGUCCCUCGCGAGUCUGCUCUGCACAUUUAUUAUUACAAUAAUCUCCUUUAAAUAGAGCUAUGAAACCAAUAGAAAUGGAUGUCAGCUAAGGAUGUCGACUUGAAGGUAUUAUCAGAUUUGUAAUUUGCUUUUGCCACCUCCUCCUCAUCACCCACCUCCUUGUUGCUACACUCUGUUCCCUCCGUUCUUUCCACGCUUCUUACAUAAUUUGUUAAUUCUGUCCUAUUUCCUCUGCUGCUGCUGCCAUCACUGCUCUUGCUUUAGGUCUUAUUUGCAAUGCUAAUGAGGCGAGGCAGCAAGUAAUGGUUUGUAGGGAAAAGAGGCUGCCUGGGAAGAUGGUGAUAUGGAAAUAUGGCUCUCUGUUGCAUCUGGACAACUCUCUCUGAGAGCAGCUACAUCAUUUCACGAGCAGUAAACAUUUAACUACAUCUUUUGAGCACCAAGGUAUCGCCAACACUAGCACCAGUUGUGAAAAACUCAUUCUGAGAUGAUUCCUCAUAAGAAAAUCUGAAUCCUGGAGUGUCGUCUUUUAAUUAAAAUUGAUAGAGGGAAAAUGUUAUAAGGUGUGACCAUUCAAUAAUUUAGUUCAAAGCUUUGCAUUUCCAUCUAGAUGUUUCGAGAAAGAAAUGUAAAAUAUGAGCCUCAGCCUCAAGCUCGCCUCUAGCUUUCCUUUUCCCAUCACUGCGGUCGACCAGAUGAUUCUUGAUUAAAGCAACAAGCAAGAAACCAUUAUUCGAUUUCACUCCAUGUUACCAUCAGGCAGCUUUCAGUGGGCAGCUCCCCACUUAUCUCCCUACUGUCCAUGUGAUUGAAAUUACAGUCACGCCAAUAGCAAAGGCAAGUAAAUGGAUUAUUGAGCAACUGUAAGUGGCUCGCUCUGCAGAGCCAGCUGUGUGUGCUCACUGGCCACACACAAAAAGAAAUCUAACAAUAGCACAACACAGCAUGUAGUCGCUUUCAGAGGAGUAAAAGAUGGUUUAAUUUCACUUAGUUACAAAUGUGUUUUUAACCAUUCUUUAUAAAUAUGGCUACAUGCCAAUGCUACAUUGAAGGUAAUGCAUUUAUAUAAUUGCGGGCAUGGGUAUGGCUCCUUUUAAUUUGAUGGCCUGAAGAGAAAAUCACAGUAAGAAUACUUCAAAUCGUUCAGUACAGCUGGAACAGUCUUGAGAAGAAUGAAGAACACUUAAUAAAUCAUUGAUGCAACACAAUAACUCUCAAUUUUAAAUGACUCAUUUGUGUUUGGCAAGAGUGCACUGUAUAACAGAGUUUAAAAAAGGCUUUUUACCAAGACUCUGUUUCUUAUGUCUAUUUUAACUUCUUCGAUGCAUGAGACAGGCAGUGCAAACUAGCUUUAGCUAGAAACAAUGUAGCACGUAGCAUUUGUUUACAAUGCUACUCACUUGUCUUAUACAUGACAAUAAGUGUCCAAUAGAUGUGUUGCAUUUAAGAAAAUCUUCCUGAAUGGGAGUUCCCGUCGAUCUGGUUUGACAUAAAGCACAGACAGUAGAAAUAAAGCAUUAUGUAGCAGCUGAUUCUCACUGGAAUUACUUUUUCUUUUUCCCUAUUAAGACCUGUGUUUUUGUGAUUGUAUGGAGGAUUAUCUAAUACUCCAAAACAUCCAUGAGUUGCUGCUUUUAAACUGUGCUCCAUCUUAUUCUUGUAUGCACAUAUUUCAUCACACAGAGUGUCUCUCUACUUUGUUUGUGGACCAGACAUUAAAGAUGAAGUAGAGUAGAUGGGUCUGCUUGAGUCUGAUGAACUACAACAUUAAUAAAGAGAGGAGGAUGUAGCCAUUAGCUCUGUGUAUUUAUGAUGGUCUGAGUGUGUAUGUGUGUGUAUGAGUGGUGUUUAUGAGAGGAUUGCUGUUUAAGAACAACUAAGAAGCAUAUUUAUCCACCUGAAAUAUGGUUAUAUUUCCCUUUAAGCGUCUUCUGGACUCGCUCAGCUUGAUUUAAAUCAGCUCCUUGACAAUUACACCCCAGAGGACUCUGUGUUAUUUUGUUCUCCUGUGGUUUGUCCACAGGGUGGUUUUAAUAUCUCCUCUAUGAAGUAGGGCUGAGUCUGCCCGAGGCACGUAUAUUUCUUAAAACAACAUAACGUGAUAAAAUUAUAUGUUCCAAUGAUUUGAGGGUGCACACAUACUUCAGGACACUGUGGUUAGAUUAAUCUCUAAGAGGAGAUAGUGGCUGAAGCCGUCCAAUGGUACACCAGGGAUGCCGUGUUCAUGAAAGCUGCAGGGUGGAGGUUCCCCUCCUGCGCCAUACGCACAGUCUGAGUAAACACACACAAAGCUGUCAGAUGUGAAAUGUAGAUUAUGAGGGUGUGCUUUACUGCUUGUUGUUGCAAGAUAAACGAUGAAGAAUGCACGACACUGUGAGCAGAGAAUAUUUCUUUUUCAUGGCCAGAGAUAAAAUUCAUCUUGGAUGGUGCUCAAGAAUAUUAAGAGAGGAGAAGAAGAAGAAGAAAGAGGAAACUCAAAGUAUUUUAGGAGGCAGCAAAUUGUGGAGAGACUGAGAGAGCCUUGACAUAUAAAAUCACUCCAAUAAUUUGAUUUUCUGUUGCAAGUUUCACAUUCAUGAAAUUUAAUAGGAGUUUUAAAUUGCAGUGCAGCAGGUCAACACAGAGAAUUUAUUAAUUUACCAGGAAAAGUGUGUUUGUGAGUCAGUGAAAUUAGGCAUAUUGACCAUGCAGUUUGUAUUUUCUUUGGCAUCGGCACAUCCCUCUGUUUGGCCACUACUGAGGAAAAUAAAACCCAUAUUUCUGAAGCACUCCUCCAAAAGUUAUGAGCAGACCUUUUCAACAAUCCUGAGUCAAGCUGGGAUGAUUGUUUAAUGACUUGAUUGCUUGAUGACGAGAAAUUUUGUUAAUUGAUUGAUUGCUCAAAUUAUUUUUCGAGCUCAAAUGCCAAACAUGAUGGUUCCAGCCACUGAAAUGGGAUAUUUGAUUGUUUUUCUUUGGCUAACAUUGAAGUUAAUUGAAUCUUUCUUUUUAGUUUUCUUCUCUUAGUUGGCAGUAGUUUAAAAGUCUCUCAGAGAACUCCAAUUUAUUGUUUUUACUGCUUUUUUUGUGCGAUAAUUUCAGACAUACUUAUCAAGCAGAAUGAGCCAAAAGCACAGAGAGUUCAUCAUCAGUAAUUAUUUUAUAUUCUCGCCUCCAGUCUCAGUCUAGAUGUCCUUUUGGUUACAGACUAUUUGAAAAACAAAAGCAGUGAUUCAUUAUGUAUUCAGCAUUUCAUUUGCAGCAGGUAGACCAAGAUUGUAUUCAUUUCAUGUUGUUGUGUUCCUGUUUGUUCAGCCCGCCCUGUUUUCCUGCAGCCUGACAACACAGCUCUGCUCACAACACGGCCAAGAGCACAGUAGACAAUUGGUACAAAGGUCAAAGGCAGUUUGGCGAGGCAUGAUUCAAACCAUAACGAGUCCAAAACAGACUCAGGAAAUCUGCCUGACCCUCGGGUCAGGUUCAUUAAGUCGGCUUACAGAGUUAGCCAGCUGUCAGACAUGUUCUCUUUUAGUAAAAUGCAAAGCAACAAAAAAGAAAAUCCUGAAGAGGCAAUCCAAACAUAACAAAAAGUGCAACAUUUAAACUGCAUUCACAGAGCUCCUGAUAGCAGCCCCAGGCCACUGAGUACUAGUCUCUCUUUCCAGCCCGGAUUUGAUUGUGAAAUCUGUGUGUUUGAGCAGUAAAGCACUUGAAAAAGCUUUUCACUUGAAAUUGCCUGCUCCCCAUGGGGCUGAGGACUGGAGCCUCAGCAAACACAGAAAUUAGAAACUGGGAGAAAAUGAAAAUCUACUCCUCCUGUCACAUCAUUGUGUACUGGGAAAGAUCAUGCACUUACACUCUCAAAGAUAUUUGGCAUAUCCUUGUUUUUCUUUAGUCUUUGACAAUUUAACAUAUUGAUGCUACAAACAAGAAGUUCCUGUAUCUAGCAUCACAUUAGUUACUCAACUCUUUUUUGGAUAUAAAACAUGGAAAAAUAUCCAUUGCAAAUGUCUUUCUUGUCAAACUACCGCUCUGGAUCAACCCCAAGCAUACAGCUGACAGCAGAAUACCCUGAAAUUUACACACUUGAACCACGGGUGCUGGUUUAGCUCAGCUGGUAGAACAGGUGCCUCAUGUACAAAGGCUCCAGUCUAGGUUGAAAGAUCUGUUUUCAGUCCAGGUGCAAGUCAUUCCCUCUUCUCUUCCCGUCUUUUGCUUCUCUAAGCAUUGCACAGGAGGUCUAAUUCUUAAUGAAGCCGUGUGCAUAUUAAUGUAAUAUUAAUGUAAAAAAAGCAAAGUUACUGGAGUCAAACUCUCUGUUUGCACCCAUCCCUGGCUAAUAAAACUUGCUCUGAUUUACACAUUUUCUCUCUUUCUUCUCUUUCUUUCUCUUUCUACCCUGUUAAUUUAGGCCCCAGAAGGAUAAUGUUAAAAAAUAACCUCACCUGAAACUGUCUGUGGAAACCCUCGAACAAAGAAGUUGCAAACUAGUUUUCUUCCUCAGCGAAUCUAUCAACAGUUGAGAAGGAUUUCUAGCAAAGCAUCAGUAACAAACUAAUGAUCCGUACAUUUUUUAUAAAAGAAAGAUGCAGAAGCAGCAGGACAACAAAGGCAAAAGCACUCCAUGGCAACAAACAUGGCAAGAUAUAUCAGUUGAAUUGUACAAGCAAAUAUGGGAACCUGUAAACUAAAUAGAAACAAGUCCAGGACUGACUUUGGCCAUGCCUCUUGUUUACACCUCUCAGAGUGGGAACUUAAAGGCUCCCUUAUGAGCUCUCUGGAGCCAUCCUCCUAUACGUUACCCAGUGCAUAGUCAAGUAUGCAGGCACACACGCUCAAUAUGAAGCCGAAUGUGUAUGGGAGCGCAAGGAUAAACAGCAAGUACAUCUCUGGUCUUAAGCUUCUCUGAGAGUGGAUGGAGGCAGCGGUGAGUUCUUCCUCUCACUGCAGCUCUUCACUGUAUUAGCUCUUAAGUCUUUAUCUCUCUCUGUCUCUCUCUCUCUGCCUCACAUAAACCCUCUUCACACUUCGCCUGAGAGCACCUGAGCUUUCAGGGAAGAACACAUAUAUACUCCGACAACCAAACACACUCACACUCACACGCACACAUACACACAGCUGCUGCAGCUGAGCCCCCCCUGCUUACAGUGGUGUUUGCUCUGCAUCUUCCUCCCUCUGCUGUGGAAAUAACCUGAUCAGUGAUGGCUGGGAGGAGAUGCAGCCCCAAACCCUUCCUUCUCAAGGAACAAACAAAGUCUGUCACAAUGUCUGUCAGCGACUUUAUAUGAGAGGGGUUUUAUUUUGAUUAGUACAGAUCAGAUGUUUGCUGUUGAGCUGGAAAGGUUAUCACUAAAUCUCCUAUGACAACCGUUUUAAUACUGUUUGUUUGCUCUAUCAUGGUUUAAUUUUGCUGUUAGCAUCCAGCCGUGAUUGCAUAACCCUUAAAAAAACUCUAAUCAUGAUCAUUUAUCUUAAUUAAAGCCUUUGAUUGUUUUAAACCAAAGGUUUUUUUUUUUCCUCCGCUCCUGGCAAGCUUUGACUAUACACCAAAAAUCAGGGGCAAACCAGUCAAUUUAGAUAAAGGAAUAGACCGUAGCUGAGAGAAUAAAGGGAGAAUUACCAUAGCAAACAUGAAAAAGAUUGCCUCUGAAAACCAUUUCCUUCUCUACUGCUGCUCCGACUGCGCUCACAUCAAACAGCAGUGCAGUCUGAAAAGGUCAAAACCAGCUAGAAACACUUUGCUUCUGUGAAAUCUUCCUCCUUCAUUUCAUGGCCUAAUUACUUCAAAACAAAUGUGGGAGAAGUAGCACGCUCAACAAACAGCGGGACUACAGCAUGAAGGAGAGAAAAGUCCACAGAGACGUGAUGAAAAUGAAACUUAACCGUCACUAAAGGAAGACAUGAAAUUUUAUCAGUGCCUGAAGGAAGAUAAAAAUGUCCUACCGGGGAGUGUAAAAGAGAUUAUGAAUAUACAAAUACCAUAAAAAGAGGAGGAAAGAGACUAUAUAAACUCGAGGAAAGCAUAGAGUACGUAUCAGUGCUGGAGUAGAGAGAUAUAUAAAAGAGCUUUGGUUGCUCGUCCAGCCUCACACCCACACGCUCUCUCAUCUGUUCUCCACCUCUUCCUGCACCCCCCUCCUCCUCAAACAUGCCUUCCUCCUCUUGCUAAUUAUCAAGUGUGCUGCCUUAUUCCUCCAGCAGCUUGUUAAGCUCUCCAGGAGCACAGCUGACCCACUUUACAUGCAGAAAACCCUGCUGAUGGUUCCUUCCUCUCUUUUCAGUGAGCCCGGCAACACUAUAAACGUAUUAGAGAUACUUAACCUGCAUCAGAGAAUCAGUCACACAAGGAUACUGGUGUAUAUUUCACAACAGGGAGACAUUUCUUACUAAUGUUUCACAAAACAAAUGUUGAAGAAAACUAUCGAAGGGUUGAAUGCUUGGUAAUCAGUUUGUUUUGUCGAUUAAAUGGUCUCCUUCAUUCUACUACAUUUCUGUCAUCAGCUGAACAAUUCCUGUCUAUAAAUUAAAAAACAAUCCAACAUAAAGAUUGCAAAUUUUAUGAUAAAUUUGAAACGAUUAGGCUGAAAUAUCUCUGCUGUUUUCAGUGGAGCAGCUGGCAGAAGUCUUGCUUUGGUCUGCAUCUUUCUUAACUGCAUCAGAAUUGAAAGAGAGGGGGGAUGGGGUAACUACAGCAAGCUUUAGCUGUUUACAAGGCACAGUAAUCCACCGCUGUGUGUGCCGAUGCACUUUUAUUUGUGGGAAGAAAUAAAGGCAGGCAAGACCAGAGCUGCAUAUAACAUGCUACCAUCACCAGUGAAUCUAGGAUUGCAAACCCUACCCUCUGCCCAUCACCGGCUCGCCUCAAACAAGCCAUGGCAGGGCUCACACAAGGUCACUUCACCUGGCGGCACAAUCAGGUGCUCAAGAGCCCGGCACCAGCUUUAGAGUGAGCUGACUGUGACUGACUCCUCGCCCCCUAGAGAAGCAAAUCCCCUGAGGACAACGCUUGUCCAAGAAACAGACCCAAACAUCCACCCAAGAAACUAGAAACGAGAGACCUGGGCAUGACACGAGACUGGAAGGUAGACGUGGAUGUCUGUAAACAACUCUCAUCCAUGCCUUAUGUUUAUGCUGGUGGAAUAACUGCAGCCUAAAUCCAUGCAUUAAGAUUUUAGCUUUAUAUUAUGCAACCUCAUUAAUCUGAUAUUAUAACUUACACAGUGUAGACGAUAGCUGCUCACACUAUCCAUGAAAAUUAAGUGAUAGCACUGUUUAAUUGGCAUGACCAUAAUUUAAACAUCACUUACACUUAUAACCCAAAACAGUGAUUACUAAUGAUCAUGUUCAUACAUUAACACUUAUCCACCACUGUGUAAGUAUUAUUUUCUAAGGGUAGCAGAGGCUGAUGGGAACUGAGUCAUGAGUAGUUUCAGAGCUUCCCAUUAAUGAACAGAUGUGUGCUUUAGUUUAAACGCUGACCUGUCGAUGGCGCUUAACUAGCUCCAAAGUGAUUAGCAUUCAUCCUGGUAUCAGUUCAAUCGAUCCGAUAGAUGUCACCGUGCAUAAGGUACACAAGUGAUGGAUCAGAGCCGCACUGCUAAUGUAGGUUCACUCUUCAUUGUUGGAUAUCAUCUAAUGAAUUUCAGCGCUGUCAGGCUUAAAUGAUUUUGUGACAGACACGAGCUUGAUUUGUAUUUGCAUAGGCAUUAAUUAAAAUUCAGCUAACUAAAUCAGAAAUGUGACAUUUUAAUGAUUGCUCCCACAUGUCUCACUCAAGACAUUUCUUUCUUCAUCGGCAUCUGCUCGGGUUAAUGCGCCUCUCUCUUCAGCGGUAGAGCUUUGAGGCAGAGUGGUGUAAGAGUCCUGGAUUCUUAAUUAACUGUCAGUUGCGGAGAUUUCUUCAAAUUUCAUCACCUGUUGACUGUUCGUUUCCAUCGUAUCAACAGACCCUGUGCGGAGGGUUUUCUUUUUGGCUUUCAUUCCUGUUAUUCCACACAACUCGCUGAUUAUUAACAUAUUAUGACAUUUGAAAAGGAAAAAGAAAUAUUUCAAAGCACAUCCAGCCCUCCUGCAUUCAGGCUAAUCUCUUGUAUACUCUUCUCUUGUCACAAACUACAUCAAUAUUUACACAUGAAAGCAAACAGAGACAACAGUGCAUCCUAUUAGCACUGUGAAGUAAAUAUCAGUGUUCCUGUCACGCUCAGCUUAGACACAGACAAGACUGGAAUAUCCUGCACCAAUUAUAAACCCGCUUAAACAUCACUCUUCUCUAGCUGCCUGGGACGCCGUCUGGAUGGAUGCCUCCUCAUCUCUGAGGGUUAAACUGCAUCCAGCUCUAUAGACUCCAGCCACCAUAAAGGCAGCUCCCUGUAAAAGCAUGAUGUUGUUCUGAACAUUCCCAUCAUUAGCCGUACGUCCUCUGCUCUGCGGCUCCCCUUCCCCCACUCUUUAGAGCAAAAUCAAUAGCAUCUGCUGCUGUCCGCCUAAGCCUGCCUCACUGCUGAAGGAGACAAACAGUGGGUGAGCUAAAUUGAUUAAGCAUCAAGCUAUUUUAAAAGAUUAUGAUUUCUGAGUUUGUACACAUUGAUUGAGCAGUAAAGUAAGCAAAGCGUGCAUCAUAAUGUUCUUCAGAUUUUCCUACAGAUACUCUUCUAACGUCUGCCAUCUUGUAAAAAUCGACAAUUGGGCAUCGAGCUGUUGUAAAGAGGAGAUAAUUUCUGAGUUUGUAAACCUUUAUUAAACAGUCAGCGAAGCACUUGAUGCUGAGAUGGAGAAAAGUGCAAAGACAAUAUGUAGGAGCUGAAAUUUCAAAAAAAAGGUUCAUUGAUACCGGCAACACGUUAAGACAGGGACAACAAAGAACUGAAAAAAAUGUGUAAUGCUAAAAUAAUAAAUAGCAAUAAUCUCUGAGCUCUCAAGUAACACUUGUAUGUCAUGUACGUUUAAAACAUACAUGACUCUGCAGUGGAAGUCACUGCACAGACUCCCAAAAACCCUCAAAUCCUGUUCUCUUCCCAGUGCAAACAAGAACCAUGAGUAAGCAUGAUCCAGACAUGCCGGUGGUGGAAAACUGUCCUGUGGUCCUGUUAUCUUCUUUCUGGAAAACAUGGACGCCCUAUCCCAUGCGCAAUAUAUUUUUUUUGUAGGAUGAUAGGGUAAAGUCCCGCCUCCUUCGCCUCUGAUUGGCUAGAGAGGCUGGAAACGUCAUCACACGCUCAAGCCAAAUGUCGGUUCUGUACAUCAAACAGAACAUUACACAACAUUAUUGCGCUUCUAGUCUCCUAACCCUUACCCUAACCCAACAGACAAUGACGUUUCGUAGCCAUAAAGAAUAACCAAUCGGAGCCCAGCACUUCAAGCCAUCAGAGGCGAAGGAGGAUGGGACCUUCCCCUACCAUCCUACAGAAGAAAAAAAAAACACAUCCUGUGCCUAGAUGAGUCUUAAAUUCCAAUAAAAAAUUUCUGCCAGUAUCUGGAAAAGCAUCUUUCAAAAUUGAUAAAGCAUCCUGUUUUUAAGAGAGUAUGUUUAAACCAGUCAUGUAAACAAUGACCACAGAUUUCCAACAGGAAGCUCUGCCAUCAUCUGUAAAAUAAUCUUUAAGUCUUUAAAGAUUUUGAAUUUAUGGGCAAACAUAAACCAGUGAAGCGAGCACAGACUGCAGGUUUCCAUAAAAACCUCCACCAUCCUCUACAGAAUAAAUAACAAUGUUCCCCAUGCCGACCAGUGCUUUUGAAAUAAUGAUGAAAGGGCUUCACACACUCCCUGUCUCUGCAGCCAGCAUUUGUCACAUGCCUACAGUGGUUGUGGGUAAUUAGCAUGUGACAAGGAACGCUGCUAAGCUAACAAACGAUGCAUAUGAGAGAGCUAAUUGCAUGUUGUGGCAUAUUUGCCGUAAUUAUCAACCCCACCCACCUGCACAGUCGCCCAUGCUCUAUUGAAAUGUUAGCCUCUUUAAAGUAUUAUCACAACACACGUGACAGCAAACUGUUAAUCAGGAAAGGGCUUUACUUCCUUCACUCUGCCUCCCAGCUGCCUCUGUUUAUUUGCUCUGCAUCUGUUUGAAGUGUUUCUCUGCUUGAACAACACAGGGUCGCACCGGUGGGGGGAAGUGUUUGUUUAUGUGCAUUUAUGUUUAAAUAACACUAUAGGUUUCCCUGAAUUGUUAGAAGUCUGUGUGGCUGUCAUAUUAAUGAGUCGUAUAUAUGCACAAACGUCGUUUUCAGGCUGCACAUUUUAUCCCCGCACAGCCAUAUGUGAGUAGAUUUCUUUUCAGCCUGCUUGCACGCAUGAGAAUAACAUGGUUCAAUUUCCAUUUUUAUGAACAAUCCAGUUACCUCUGUCAGGGAGACUGAUGGAGAGAGGUCUGCUGGAUCAAUGUCACCACGCCUCUGGCAUGCCAAAGAGCUUGUCCACUGUGUUACUGCUUCCUUUGCCUCCCCUCCCCAGCACACACACACACACACACACACACACACUCACACACGCGCUGUUACGAGAACAUACAGUUACACUUUGUCAUACCUCCACCAUUCCUCUCAUGUUCACAAUCUUCCCCUCACUAUUCCUCACCCACCAGCAGACAGGAUACGGUUUGACAUUUGACAAGCCCAUCAGCUUUUCUCCGCUCUCACUCUACAGACAGGCAGCCUGCAGAGGCCCAAACGUAACCUUCAGCUAACUUAACCUUGAGCUUAAUGAGCUACUUAAACACACCCAGGAGAUUCCUCUGAUAUUUGCUGGUUGUAAUGUUAGCCAUGGGCGCUGAAGUCGCUCAGCAUGACCGUUAAAAUGAGAACAAACUUAGUGGGAAGCAUUUACAGGAGAAGUCUCAAAAACAUGGUUGGUCACUUUUCAAGCCCCAGCUGUUAUUAUUUUUGUCAGAGCUGCUACUCUCACCCACACACACACACACACACACACACACACACCAUUUGGCAGCAGGCUUUCAUCCAAAGUAGUAAGAAUUAUGUGCAGUGGGAGUGGAGGUACUAACCCUGGCACUGUUUGUGCUCUUCUCUCCCUAUUGAGCUGUUCGGCACCACAUGGAGCCCACAGAUAGAUAAAUCCUCAUGCAAGCGUAAGAUUAAUCAGAAAUGAUGGUGGCCAUUAGACAAUGUCAGACAAAUAAAACAUGUCCCCCACUCGAUUCUUGUUGAUUUCAGCACAGGAACACAACCUGCCAAAUUAAAUCCCCCUCUGGGCUUUUAUGAUAAACAGCAUGAAGACAGUCUGGCAGAGGGUUCGGUCUUUGGAUUUGACUGUCAGAAAGAAGAAUUCACCCUCUUCACAUGUCUUUUCUGAGUCGUGUGAGGAAAAGGUUUUUGUUCUACUCUCCCACUGAGGAUCUUAAAUAUUUGAAAGACGUGACGCAGACUGCAAAGACGUCAUGCUAGCUUUGUGAAGCUGUCAUAUAAUCCUAGGAAAGCACCCUGCAGGAAAAGAAGAUGUUUUCAAAUACAGAAAGAACUGGGUAAAAAUCCCAUUAAAUGUACAGCCUGGAUACUGUGUGGUUAUGCAUAUCCUAUAAAGCUUUUUCAGUAUCACUGUUGACUAAAUUAUUAAGCAAGGUGCAUUACAUAUCUGUUAUUUCUCUUGAGAGUGCUGCACAAUCAAUACUGUGUUGUCCUCUUUGCUCUGUUAUCUCUCUGUUUGUUGCUCCAGUCGGUCAGAUAAAUCAGCACCAGUCAGACAAAAUACCAGAGAUCCAGUCUUUGUUGGAUGAACAGUAUUUCACCGUUAUUGUAGUCAACAGAUGAACUCUCUAAACUCCAUUGUUGUCUCAGUGAGCGUGUUUGUUUACAGGGUGUAAUAAGUGCAGCUUUUAUGUUAGUAUUUUGGGCUUUAUUUUGUACCGGGAGUUGAAAUGAGAGCAUCUAUAUCAUCGUUUAUUAGGAGGCAGGCAGGCGUUGACUAGCUUGUCGAAUAUGGCAGAGGAAUCCAGCCUGUCUGGCUCUGCCCUGAAGUUAAAGAAUUGCUCGCCUGUACAUCUGACAGUCACUUAUUACCGUGUCAUAUCUCAUUAUUUUCAUCCACCAGCUUGCACUAGAGAUGUAACAUCGAGGAAAGUCAAAGCCAAUAGCAGCACCGAUGUCAAAAAUAACAAUUCAGCCCAUUGCUGACGCCGCUGUCAGUGUUUUUUAAUUAUUUCUAUUAAAUUUUUUGUAGCUAUUCAUUAACCCAGAAGAACAAAGGGCAAUCCCACAGACAGUGUGUUCUAGUUCCUGUAUAUGAUCUACAUUUCAAACAUGUUGGAGAGGCCCCUGGAGUAAACUUGCUGUAGAUGUAUGGAGAAAUGUAGACAUUAUGUACAAUAUUAUAGAGCAUCUGCUUAUACCUAUUACAUAUUGAGAUCCUGGAGGGUAGCAUAAGACUUGCUUCCAAUUUUCCUUCAUCUAUUGUUACCUCCACAGUUCUUUAUCUAUCAAGACUGGUCGGACUCCCCUUCAGAUCUUGUACCUUGGAAUAAAACCCAGAGACAAAAUGUUCUUGUAUUUUGUGAUCCAAGACAUAUAUUUCAAUCAUGUGAGAACUAUUUGUGAGUUCAACGAUUCAAAUGAUCUAAAAGUCCCAUUAUUAUAGAGAUCAUGAACUUUCCUUAUCCCAGCUUCGGACCAUAAUGUGAGGCCAGGCCCUACAACUUUCACAGCUAGUUCUAGUUUGCCCAUUAAAGUUGUAAGUGCAUUCAGGGGGUUGUUUUUCUUAAAAAUGUCUUAAAGCUUUUCCAUAUCUGUAUUGUAUUGUAGCUAUUACUAUCUCUAUUUCUCUAUCUUUUUCACCAUCACCCGUGAGGAUAUUAUUCCAGCAUGUAUUGGCGCAACAUAGUUUUUUUUUUUAGGUAAGCACCAUCCUCCCUUUUCCUUGGGAAUAGUCAUUUUUAUAAGUUAAACCUACCCAGGAGAGAAAUUGGUAAAUUUACUCCAUCCCAUCAUUUCGUCUUUAACAUGUUUUAUAAAGGGGCCAAUGUUUUCAUUAUACAGCUUGGUAAUUUUGGAAAUGACUCUUAUUCCAAGAAAAUUGAUGCUAUAUGGAUAAGAAUUGAUUGAUUGAUCGAUUGUUUGAUACUUCAGACUUGUCAAAAUUAACUUUGUACCCAGAUAUCAACCCAAACUUCUUAACACAUUUGACUAAAGCCGAUGUUGAAUUUUUCAAGUCAGUCAAAAUUAGAAGGGUAUCAUCUGCGUACAGCAUAAUCUUAUGGUGUUUGGUACCUGUUAAUACUCCUUUUAUGUUGUUCUCUUGCCAUACGGUUAAGGAUAACGGUUCUAUAGCCUGGACAAAUAGGAGAGGAGACUAAAGACUACCUUGAGCUGUUAAAUAACUGUGAUGCAAAGCCAUUGGUUAGAACGGAUAAGGAAGGUUUUCCCAGCCUAUAAACUUAGACUAAAAGCCAAAUCUCUUUAGGAUUUCAAAUAGUGAACAUUUUUAAAGCUCCAGUGAAAGGUUCUAACCUGGUUAUGAAACAGACAGAAAUCAAAAGUGGCGCCUCCAAAUGACUGUUCAAAGCAAAAAUGAGUAUUAUUAUGUCAUUAUUUUUAUGUCUUUGAAUCCUGCUGCAGGGUAGGUGUCAGAUCACCGUGAUGAGUUUUUUCACAAAGAAAUUCUCUGAAUGCCAAGACUCAAAAAUGUGGCCCAGUCACUUAAAGCUCCUUUGAGGGGUUUUAAGCUGGUUAUAAAACAGUCUGAAGUUAACUCUGUUGCCUGUUACGACUAGCAACUGCAACAGAGACCAUCAGCAACAAUCAUUAUUCUUCAACAGCAACAGUAUGCUACAGAUACAGAUACUACGGUUUAAGAAAGAAGCUACGGCCAUAGCUCGACUACACUGGGCAUGUAAACCUACCGAAUGCCAAAGACACUACUCAGCUUAGUCCAUCAUCUAUAUUUCAUUUUGUUCAUGCAAGUCCUCAGAGUAUACUGCAGUACAAGCUGUCUUAAAUGGCUUUACACUCACUCUAGAGCUGUAGUAUAUUCAUGCUUGUCUUCAGGCACUUGUUGUUUGGAUUCUUAUUUCUGUGUAUUUCUCUGAAAUUAAAGAGAAUUUGGUCGCCCUUGCACUAAAUUGGUUUUGUAAGGUUUACCUCCCACUACUAGUAGAACACAGUCGGAUUUUCAAAUGGCUCACUGCCCGGUGUUUGAAGUGCAAAUGUUCCUGUGCUGUUGAGUGCAAAAGUAAUGUUGUACGGCACUCAUGAAUCACUCUACUGCACAACAAGGAACAGAUUUGGAUAAUGACUGUGUGUUUCUGUUUUUUCUUUUUCUUACUUCUCAUGCAUUUACAGUUCAGCUUUAAAUAUUUAAAAGUAUACACAUAUAAAUAAUGUCUGUGAGUGUCAGCAGAGAGUGGACAGCCUCAGUGGCUCCUGACUGCUAAACAACCGGCUCUACUGUACAUCACUGUGCAGGAACAAAGCCAUGCACAAAGCUCCCCAUCUCCUGACCUUAAGUCUAGUGUGUGCCUCUGAAUUUUUAUGUGUGUGUUUGUGUUAUUUUGUGAGUGUGUUCCUUCCACCGUGCAUCAGUGUAUGUGAGGAGAGAGUGCCUGCAGGGGUGUCAGCGGAGGUUUAAGAUAUUCAGCUUGCUGUCAGCACCGACACAUUUCUCCCUCUGCACCGCUGCACAGAUAUGCAAAUCCGUCCUCCUCAGAAUGCAGAGCACCAGAUCAGCUUCAAUUUAUUCCAUUCUGCUCUCUCCCUCUCUCUCCCCCUGCACUCACCCUCCCUCUCUGUUCUUGCCUGCUCUCUGUUUCUCUCUCCUCCUCUCUCGGCUGUCUCCACUCUGUCUUUGGUUUUCUGUUUGGUCUUAGCUGCUCUGUUCCUGGCAUAUGCCCCCACUGAGGAAUUGCAUAGAGGUGAGAGGAUUUCUACAGAGCAGAUUCAAGUCUGGGCUUAGUGCAAAGAAGCGCUUCAUUCUUUCAAUCUAGUACAAGAUACAAGAGGUGGAAGAUUGCCCGAGUGUGUGCUUCUGAGCACAUAUAGUCUUUGUGCAUGUGUGUUUUAGUGUUGUCGAAGGUUGUUUGUACCGUCACUCUUCCCUCUUGUUAAUUACCAAUGAAGGAGAAGCAGCGGUCUAUGUUGCUAGUAGUGAAACACAAUUAGUCAGUUGCCAAGCCGCUCUCAAAAAGGCUAUCUCACCAACACACAGUGUCAUCAGUAAUCUAGUCUCAGCAUAAUCUAAAUGCCAAUGUCUAUCCUCUGUGAUCCAUCCCCAGCCCACACUACAUUUACAUUCUAAUUAGAUGUGGCCCAGGCCGCUUUAUAAGGACCCUCUUUAAUAACACGGCUGUAUUCACCUUUUCAGAGUCCCACCGCGGCUGUAAAAAAAAGCAGGCUACACUUUAUAUUUUGUCCCUUUGACAUUGUGGCUACUGAGGAUUUAAGGAGCUUUUUAAAGCCCUCAGCACCCGAGUGUGUGCAGCCCAACAAGAGGUUUUCAUGUCUCUCGAGGAUGAAUUGCAAAUGGUAUUGUGAGAAAUGGAGAUGUAGUGUCAGAGCAGGAACGAAGCUCUUACAUUAAACACAUCACACCCAAUUUGUCCAUAAUAAAGCAUAAAGGACAUGUCAUUGUAGCCCCCGUAGAAUAGGUCUUUACAUUCAUUUAAAUAAAGACCUAUUCUACCAGUCUUCAAUGUAACCAUAGUAAUCCUUAACAGUAUUCAUAAUAUAAUGUUUAACUGCAAUAAGGGCUGCAACUUUUUUUUUAAUCACGAAUCCUCUUGUUUUCUCUGGAGUGCUGGUUUGUCCAUAAAACAGUAGGGAAAAAAAAGGUUAGACAGGUUUAGCACAGUUGUCUUUUUCUUAAGACAACACAUCCAGAUCUUCUUGUUUUUACAUUUAUGAAAAUCUAUCGAAUAUCUCGUUAUUUGUGCUUCGAAGUUCAGAAAACCAACAGUUUACCUGAUUUGAGAUGUACAUUGCAUACUAAUACUAUAUUAGUAUGCUAUUUUACAUAACCACCCACUUACUAUACAUUUCUUAUGCUGCCUACUACCCGGCUACCAACUAACAAUGCAAACCAGUUGGUCGUGCUUCCAUGGCAACAGUAUCCUUGUGGGUCCACUCAUCAAAGUUAAUGAUUUUAUGCAUGUUUCAGUCAUUACAUCAACCUUCUUUGAUGUUAUGUAACACAUUAAACGUAACACUUUCAUCAAUUAUACCGACAUGUUUGAUUACAUUUUUCUGUUUGCAUUUUCUUCUUAAUAAACCAGCCCUGUAUCACUGCCAGAGCCCAAACUGUGUUGCAGGUAGUGGUCGCUUCCAGACAUGUUUUCUUCCAUUUAUUUGAUGUCUCUGUCACUCAGCUGCUCGUUAGUUUCUCUGAUGGUAAUGAGUCAUCUUCUGUAAAUGUGCCAGACUUAUUUCUGCAGGUUUUUAUGAUAUGAUAUGAGUAAUCUUGUUGUCUCUGGUGUUUCUCUUGCUUUUCUGAAUAAAUUAGAGUUUUGACCAAUCAGAAUCAAGUAUUUACCACAGCAGGGGUUUCGUUAAGACUGCAGUAGAAUAAUCUAAUCUGACAUCCAAAUUCACUAAGUCAUCAAUUUUCAUAAUAGGUUGUUAAACAGUCAUUUAGUUUGUGUUUUCAGCUCUAAAUGAAACUCAUAAAAAUAACAUUUCUCUAAAAAGUUCUUUUAAAACAUCUGAACGGUAAAUCAGGUUCCCUCCACAGAUUAUUUCCAUACAGUAAAUCCAUAUCCCUGUGCUAGCUCAUCAAAGUAAUUUAGGUGUAAUUAUCGGCUUUUUAUACCUCUGCUAUAGGAAAACUGUCUAAUUUUGUCUGACAGCUGUUCAAACAACAUGUACUUGCAAAGCUUUCUGAGUGUUCACAGAAUCCGCCUGUUAUUGAGUUCUGUUGACAACAUAUUAUUCUAACAAGAAGACGUGAUAGAAUUUAAUGUUGGAGACAUAAAACAUCUUCUGGAUGACUGCCCUCAUUUUCACUCCUGUAAAUGUUCCCCAGAGGGUGAUGCAAAGUCUGAUAAGGAUACGAGAUUUUCUCAUCACCGGUGUUUUAUCGGGAACAAUGACAAUAACAAUGGUUGAUUUUAACCAGCUGAGGAGAUGAUUGCGGAGGGAAGAUUGGCAGUUUCCCUCUUUAAGUGAUAAGCUGUCAGCAAACAUGAUAAUAUUCAACUUGUUUGUGCUUUUGUGCUGUGGAUUGAGAAGAUGUUUUUUUGUUUUUUUUUUCUGUUGAAGCGAGUCGUCUAAAUCAAUCAACAUAGUACUUUGUUUGUAACCGCCCAGCUGAAAAACACAUUCAGUGCUUUCUAAUCUGUGUCCUCUUUUCGCAAAACAAAUUGAGUUGUGAAGUUUCUCCAAAACCGACAAUCUUUGUCUCAGAAAUACAAUACAUUUUUGAUUUAACACAAUAAAGUUCAGGUUUUCUUCAAGUAUAGAUUAUAAAUGAUUCUUUUAGACUUUGAGAAGUCAUUAUAAAAUCACUGUCUAACACUUAAGCCGGAGAAAGACUCGCUUUCUAUCAGUGCAUCGGUGCUCACACAGCCAGACUCAUUUCUAUGUAGUUCAGUAGGUUUGCGCAUCUACUUCUAAAGCUGAACUUCUCUCUCACUUGUUGUUUUGACUGGCAUGUUUGUGGCCGUGCACUGGCAAUGAUACAUCCUGGAGAGGUGGAUCAUUGCAGACUUGGACUAUAAGCUUGUCUUCAAAACUCUGCUGCUGCUGCUGCUGCUGCUGUGUUGACCCUAUCACUUCCUCUCUGCCCCUAAAUUUUAUGUGCAUACUGCAUCUUGGCAUUGCAUUGAGUUAUUUAUUCAGGAAGUGCACAGCCGACACUCCAGACAGACUCAGGGCACAUGAGGCAGCCAUCAGAUUUGAAAGCGUGUACUUCUCCUGCGUAAGUGUCUGCAGGGCAUGAGGAGCAAACAGCAAGUCCACUUUGCUGCCGGUGGACAAAGAUCGUGACUUUGACAGCUGGCUUUUUGGCUUUGGUUUUUUUUUCAGUUUUUUAUUUUAUUUUGGAAUGAAAUCGGGAAGUGUUUCAUUCUAGCUUUGAAUAGUUUACAGAGACCGUCGUCUUAUAGGAAAAAAUCCACUUUUAAAAACGUACUUGUCCCCAACAACCAAUCAGUUUCCUUCUUAUGUUCAAGUUUGUUAAAGCUGACUUUUUUGGGAGUCCGAUAUGACUUGUGAAUUAUUUUGUAUGCUCUAAUGAACUUUGAGCCUUCAUGGAUAAUGCAUGAUGGAGUGAAGUGAUAUCAGAGAAAUGGAAAACGGAAUGGGGAAUGGAAAUGCAAAAUAGAGUGCUCUUAUCUUCAGCCAGUUUGAGACAUCUCUGGGUUCAUUAUUACGCGCGGCCUCUUUUAACUGAAGGUGUAUCCUUGUUUAAACUUGCUCACCUUAACUAUUCAAAGGUUUUAACAUCAUUAGAGUCGAGCAGAACUAUUCUUGGCUAAUACAUUAUGGACAAAUAAUCACUUUAAUGAAAUAUAAAGCUCUUAAACACUUAGAAAUGUGUCAGUGUUGGGUGGUGUUCUCCUGCUGUAAGAUUUUUCCAUAUUAUUCUGACUGACUAAGCCUCUUGAACAUCAGGGUGAAUCAGAAUCAGGCCUACUCCAUAUAAAACCCCAGGCAUGUCUCAGUCUAAUGCAGUGUAAAGCUGGAAUAGUAGAUUAUGAGAAUAGUCUGAAGGAGGAUCCUGAGAGAGAAAUUUCUGUUUGUUUAAGCAGCAUCCCUGCAGUCCCUCUUGGUCUGUGGCGAGAACAAAGAAAAAACAUUAAUGCACAGACACAGUUUGGAGUAAAAAUGCUAAAUAGAUCCAUAAAACACUUACUGUGUACCUGUACAUUAAACAGGAAGAGAUUUGCAGAGGAUGUGCACAGAAUAGAUUUCUCUCCAGCUCUCAUGUGGCCUCCAUCUGACUCCUCAGAUCCUCCCGUUCAGUUCAGACUCCAAUCAAAACCUGAUGGCUCUGAAUAAAAAUCUACUUGAAAGGAACUUCAAAUAAAAACAAGCGUUUCACGUCAUAAGAAAUCAUGAAGUGAUCAAAAGUCUGAAUUAAAUUUCUCUGAAGACUUUAAACUGUUUUUGGCAAACCUGAAGCUUCAUUUUCAAAGUAUCCGCAGAUAAUAAAAGAAAUGUGUUCAGUCUAUAAAGUACUUCCCAUGAUGCUUUAAUAACCCUGUUUAGCUGCAGUCUUCUCUAUAAAUGCUCUGCAGCAGCCAGCAGCUUAUUGUAAGAGCAUCCAAGAGGAGUGAUUGAUAAGCUGUAAGACUCUGGCUCUGUUUUCAGAAUCAGUCAUGGCCGCGGGGGGAAAGCAGCUCUCUCUGUCAGGGAACAUCAGAGCAGGAAAGUCCCGCUCACUGAUAGAUCCAGCUCAUUCACUCACUGUGUGUUUCUGUGUAAUUGUGGUUUGACAGCAAGGGAUAGUGGGGUAGAUCUGUUAGAAAUGGUCAAGACAUUAGCGGUGGAUUCUGCAGGAACUGUUGGUUGAGCACAAAUUCACUUUUAGUCAUUCAGACAUUUAGAAAACAUUCUCUGCUCUAGUAUUUUCUUACGGAGGGAACACCAGUGAAUUAUGAUUACGAGCCAAAACAAGAAGUAUGCUGAAUGUGAAUUUCUUAAACUGAGUGAACUUGGCUCAGAGCAGCUCUUCAAACAUUUAUUCCCCACUUCCAGAGAGCUGAAUCGCUGAAAUAAACAUUCGGUUUGGGUACUUGCCAGGAUUAAUGAUUGGCUGUUGACAGUCAGUGACUCCAAAAUGUUCAGUCAUGUCCAACAUACCUUGGCUGACAGACUUCAAACUGUUCACACGCCAGCUGAGCUCUCCUGGUUGAGCAGCUAUUUAGAAAAUUGAGCUUCUAUUUGGAAGUUAUCAUGAAUAUUUUAGUUGAAACGUGGAGUUUGAGGGGAGAGAAACAAAUCUUUGACAGUCAUGUGAUCACUGAUUGGAGUUUUGCCAUCAGGUCUGAUUGGAGAAUGGAAAUGAAGUUUGUGCUGUGGCCGUAAAUACAUCAUUAAAAUGAUUCAACACAAUAUACAUCUAGACCUCGAAACUUGACCGCAGUCUCUUUUAAUGAAUGCUGAUGUAUUUAUAUCUACACAAUGAAUGACCUCGAGAGUGUAAUCAAUAUACUGUGUAUACAGUUUGACACCAUUGUCUCACUCUCAGAUCACUCGCACACAUCACUGGAUUGAUUACUGCUCAUCGGCGUCUUUCCUACAAUAACAGUAAGUUUUUAAUUCGAGUGAAUCCUGAUUGGCUGUAACAUUUAGAAGUUCCAUAUUUUCAGGUUGACCAAUCAGGAGCCGCCGUCUCCCCACGUGUAGGAUUUAAGUAGAUUAAAAGUUUUAUGUUCCUUCGUUUUUUAUGAAGUUUUUAUGCCAUCUUGAUGAAACUCUUGUACAAAUAAAUACUGUCGACAUGUAUACAGCCAAUAAACAGUUUAGAAAUUAAAGUAUGGCUGAGAACAAGUUUGUCAAGUGGCACCUCACUUUGAUUAAUGGGAAAUGACUCACAGAUCUAUGUAAGAGUGGAUAGAAGAUGGAAAGAGGCCAGAUAUUUAGCUGAGACAUAAACAAAUACAUCUAAAAAAAAAUGAAGCCAAUGCUAACACCUGCAAUUCCUCAAGUGUAAUUUGCUUCUCUUUACAGCAUUACUGAGUUUAUUUCAGAGUUGAACCAAAAAAUGGUUCUGGUGUGACCCACUUAUCAUUCCACACACACACUAUACAGGGGUGAAAUUAUUUUGUUUUUCCUUUGUCAUUCUGACAAAAUCAGGGUUACUGGUUUUGCAUAAUUGUGCAUAAAUGCACUAAUACACAGCUUUUUAUUUCCAAUAUGGCCACUGUUAUUGUUGGGCGCUAAAACUCGGCUACAGCGAACAAUGGGUGACAUCAGUAAGACUGUGUUUGUGUUUUAUACAGUCUAUGGUAUGCACAACACAGACACCAAGAGCCCUAAGUAGCUUUAUUUCACUGACUACAGACUGUUUCAUGACUCUCAAUCAGGAAUCAUCACAAGCCAAAGACAAGCACACUGUGUCAUAACAGUAAACGAGCCAGAAAACUACAUCCGAACAGUGAACUGCACUUGCAGAACACCAUAACUAUCACUUUGUAUCGUUGGCUGGUUGGCUAGUAUAGUUUUUUUUUAAUUAUAUAGUUGAAAUGUGGACAUGAGUUUGGCACCUGUUUGGGUAAUGCCAAUGCUCGUGUUUAAAUUUCCCUUCUAUAUUAAUUUGUCAGUUUGGAAUGGAUUAUUAGCUAUUAAUCUGUAGAGCUUGAGUUUACCACUAGAAUAUCAAUUCAAUAGCUGAUCAUGAAACAAUCGAACACUUUGAUGCUGUCAGUGUUUUUAAUACAGUGUUGAUUUUCUGGGUGCAAGGAGCAUUUUUGUGGAAUUCACAGUAAAGUAAUUUGCAUGUAUGAUCCAUUAAGUGGCCAUUACACAUUGUACACAACAGUUGAAUAUCAUUCAUACUUAGCGUAAACACUGAUCCGAACUGUCAUUUUUAUGUUCAGCUGAGCAGACACCAGAAUGUGUUUCACCUAGAAGCUGUGAGGGAUCAGCUCUCACACGUUUCCUCCCUGUUGGAGCAGAAGAUCAGCUCACCCUCUUUGUACUCUCUUCACUCUGUGACCUGUGAUACCAAUACAUACAUCAACACACUCUGAAGGCAGUGAAUGACUGCUUUACAGUUCUUAAGCUGGAGGUAGUCUUCAUCAAUCACCACUUUCUAAAACUGACAGUCUGACAGCCACGCUCGCUCUCUGCAGCAGCUAACCAGGUGUGAGCUGCAGAGAAAUGGGCCGAACUCCAAAUAUUUUUCUGAUCUUUCUCAUCGAAAUUCCUCACAUUUCUACUUUUCUCCACUCUCUGUGUUCUUGGAUGAACUGAAUGAGUUGCCUCUUUGCUGGCAGUGAUGAACUUAUUGUGCUUUCAGAGAGGAGUUAGGAGAAGUGAGACUGAAAUGCAUGAAAAUAGACACAGAAAAGAGCUGCAGAGAUAUGCAAGCUCUAGUUUCACUUGCCUUAUUUUUAAAUCAGAGUGGUCUGGUACAGCUGCUUCUAACCCACACACAGCGAUACAGAAACCUUUGUGCUACCUUUUGAGAAGUUAUUUCUUCUGCAUCCUGGUUAUUGAACUCCUCUCACAAUUACAACCAGCUUUUUACACUGACAACAAAAGAAGCAGUCUUAAGAAAAUUAUGCACAGUUUUGGGUCUCCAAUAGCCAGUAUUUGGUAUUUGCUAGUGUAAUGACUGUUUGUAUAUUUGAAUUAAGUUCUAAUGCUGCGCUCCAGUUGUACUUAGAAGUCAGGAUUUCAGAGCUGGAGGAUCCUCAACAACCCUGACUUGACUACAACGUCAUGAUCCAAGAUGGCAGCGCAGUGCAUUAACAGUAAAGAAUAACAGUGAACGCUCUCAUAAUAUAUUAUUUAUUAGAGCUUCUGUUUUGUUUUUGUAAAAUAAGUGAUAUAUGUUGUGUUGCCAAACGUCAAACUGUGAACACGGUGCUAUGGUGUUUGUAGAGUAAAAUAUUGUGUGGUGCAUUGUUUACAACUGGCAUCACUAUCAACAACUAACAACUGCUGACAACAGUCAAUGACAGCUCACAAUUGUAAACAACAGCUAACAACGGGUAACUGCAGGCGUUCAUCUUGGUUUACCGACUUGUUAAAUGGAACGCUUGGGUGUAGCGUCAUUCCCAGUUCCGACGUCCGUCUACCGAAGUAACUGAAACGCAGCAUAUGUGCAUGCAGAUAAUCAUAGUUUCACCUGAAUUAGUUUUUUUUCCCCAUUCAGUUGGGCCAUUCUUGUCUGGUGUUAAACUCAAAAGUCAUGAAAAGACACAAAAAGUUGACACAAAUAUUCACUCAAAAGUGGUCAUUCAGUGUUUUAAGCGUCUCCAUGGCUACAGAUUCUUAUCAGCCUAUCUCUGCAACAUGUGCAGGAACAGUCAAGUAAAAAUAUAAACUUCCUUUUUUAGGGGCAGAAAAGAGCUUCAAACUGAACAUUUACAAUGAGGAUAAGAUGACAGUUGUAGACUUAAAGAUGUCAGCCAACAGAGAUUUCCACUCCUCCUCCUGCUUCUGUUGCCUGGAUUGCAGGACAGGAAGUGGCUUCACUUUUACCCAGCUGAUGCAGUUAGGGCCACAGUGUUGACAUCAAGCACAGAUGAAAUGUACAGGACUACUUUUUGCUGAUUUUUUGAUGUGUUGAGUGUGAUUGUGUUAUCUCCAGCAUAACAGAUAAAAUAGAAAAUUAAUUAUUGUUGUUAUGGGGUUUGGACCAAUCAAAAUUAAGUAUUUAACACAGCUGGGAUUUUAAAAGUGUAACAAUAGAAGAAAGCUGUGCCUUUAAUUACAUUAAUAAAGCUGAGACAGACAAACUGCAGAUAAAUAUCUGAAAGGAAACAAUAUACUGUAUAUUAAGCUGAUAAAAGGUGAUAUUGGUUUGCAUAUUAUUUCAGGAGCACUGAUAUAAACCAGUUAUCACCACGUCCUCUCUGCUCCACAUCCGCCCACAGACCAGCACUACCUCUGCUGUCUCCCACUUGUCAGACACUGGUUCUCCAGCGAGUUGUGAUGAACUGUCAUGUGCGUGACUAAACCGGUUCAACAGCGCGCCGUUGGUUGGAGAAAUCACUCAGCCAUUACAGCCCCUCAGUGUCUGUGAAAACAGCUUCAGGCAGGGCGGUUUGGACCGAGAGAUGGGGAGAGACUGUUUUCUCUGCAGCGGGGAAGCACGGUUCAUGCUUCUCCCUAACCCCUUGCAAACAGCAUGCCAACACAAGUCUCAAACAGCACCUUCUCUAUCCACUUGUAAAUUCACCAGCUCGGCAGCACAGGAAGGGAAUGUAAAUUAGGUGUGACUAACAGCAAGAUGGGAAUCCUGGCAGUUUUUCCCCUCCUCUCUUGCUGUUCUCCCCCGGCUGCCGAGGGGUUUUGUACACAACCACUUUCCCGCAGUGCUCGAGGCUGUCAGCUUGGUUUCACAUGCAGAAUGACUUCAGCUGGAGGUGAACUAAGCUGAGGAUAGAUAAGAAAAAUAUGAUAGAAGGGGAGAAUAGCUGAUUUGUAGUCAGAAUGAAGCCAUUUUUCAAAGAUCUGUUGGAUUUAUCAUGAACUGAGAGCGCCUCAACUUCUCCCUCAAAACCACUGAGUCUGUUAUGCUUCAUGAAAUGUACGAAAUACAACAGCCAUGUGUGAUUUCCUGGAAGCAUUCAGCGGUACUGACUGCUGGGAGCUUUGCACCAUAGGUACACUGCAUUGUUUGCAUAUGUGGAGGGAUGAACGUCGGCAGUUCCUAUUUAUUUUUCCUUGCGAAUCCCAAGAAAAGACCAAAAUGAGCAUUCAGUAGCAUGAACAGCCUGUGUGGUCAAAGCCCGAUGCAGACUAUUCCUCUGUGGCAAAGAGUCAGAUUAUAUCCAGAACUACUGAAAACACACCAUUAAGAAGUAACCAUGGGCACUUUAGCCUGAGUCAGUCCCAGAAUACAGACAUCUGUUGCAGAGUGUCACAUUGCUUAAAUUCUGCAUAGUAUUUAAUCUUUAUCGACAACCAAGACUGAAAACUAAAAUACCCAAGAGCUGGAAGAAAAUACUUUGUCAUAAUGAAGCAAUUAAGUGGUGACUGGAAAGAAAACAUCUAUAUAACUGAAUAUUGUAUCUUUGGUAAUUCCCUCUAGCACUGGCAAGCAGUCUUGUUUCUGUUUGCACCAAGAGUACUUGUAGCCAGUAAUGUUGAGACCUCCAUUCUUGAGACUUACCAUUCAGUGCUGUGCUGCAAGUCUGCAAAAGAAACCCCAUGAUGUCUUGGUUUAUUACAUCCCAUGGAGUCACACCUGUUCAUCUGCUGCUGGUCUGACUCAGUUCAACAGUAGACCGUAAAUUAGACAGAGGCUUCACUUUGUUUUGCUUCUUUACAAUAUGAGCCUGAGAAAUAAACUAAUUUGCUUGUAGCUACUUUCAAUCAUCUAAGAAGUCAGUCAACACUUUCAGGUCCUAAGUUUGUUGAAAAAAUGUCAGGAGGUAGGUUUGCAAAAAGGUAAACAUGCAAGCUUGGUCAGGUCUAACCUCAAAAGGAUUUGGAAACUGUUCUUUGAUGUUCGAUGAUGGAGGUUAAAUCCAUCAUUUUAGGUAUUACUUACAACAUUGUGAACCUGAACAGAUGAGCAUCAGCAAUACAGGGUCAAGGAGAUAGUUGUUGGGGUUGUUAGCUGCACUUGCAUGCAGUAAACAGUCGUCAGGUUACUGCAUAUGAAAGACAUUACCAAAUCCAUCUCUAUGGACUGCAUUCCACCUACUUCUGCUCUUCACUAGAGCCUGCAGAUAUUAAACAUGAUGACAAAUGUUGGACAUGUUGAAACAAGAACACUAAUAUGCUAAAAAUCCAUACAUUUUCUACAUUGACAGUGUAUGUUUCUGCUUUUUCCUCAACUUUCUCUCACAGAAGUCAAAUCAAUGGCAGACAAUAGCCAGCGGGUUUCAUUGUUGAACCCACACAAAAUUGAAAGUUGGUAUUCUGACGUGUUAUUUUAGAAUAAGAACUUUACAGCCUCACAGGGCAGCCAUCAUGUCUAUAAACUCCUGCCUAUUGAAAAUUUGAAACACACAUUGGUUACCAGUUUGGAAAGACGUCUUUAUGGUUGGACGUCUGGUCCUAACUGGCCAACUGAGACCCAGGUCAAGGUCUAUUAGUCUCAAUAUCAUGGGUUACAAAAAAGUAUCCAUUCUUGGCUUUUUUAGUUGGGCUCAUGUGGACACAUGUAGCUAAAGCUUUAUGAACCCAUACCAUGGAUAUCUUUUUAAAUAUCUUUCAUUACUUUGCAUAAGUUUCCCUGUAGAUUUAACUCAAAGUAUAACAAACAGUUUGAAAAUGAUGUCAGAUAAUCUCUUCCUAGACAGCCUGUUUGAAUUCGAACCAUUAAAUCUUGCUAUUGAUGUUCCCAUUGUUGCAUUGCUUUCUCUCUGAACUUCUUUCUCUCCAGGCAGUGUACUUGUGAUAGACUCUGAAUUGGCUGUUGCAGGAGCCCAGUGGGAAUCAAUGUAACAGAUCCAGUUGGAGGUGUUACAUUCAAUCACAGAGCCAGUGGUGCUCCACUUUAACUUUUCCGUUUCUGUGUCAUCAUUUGUUGUCAUGGAGUAAUUUCCUCCUGCAGAAAUGUGUCAUCUGGAGGUGUACCAGCAUGUGGUUAAAGUGUAUAUGCAAAGCUGUCCUAGGUUUAUUAUCCAGGUGAAUUGGGACUAGUGUGUAAUAAAAAGAUAGAAUUCAAAAUUCAGCCUUUUUUAUUCUCCAGUGCGUGGGCAGCUACUCUCACAGAAAGAGAAACAGCAACCAGACAAUUAUUCCUGUGAUUAUUAUUUCAAGGAAGUGGAAGGGCCGGUAUAUUAUUGAUGUCGGGGAGGAUGUCAAUGAACCUCCAUUGCAAUCUAAUAAAUACUCUUUGCACUGCUGCCCCUGGAUUUUCAAGGGAUUAUCUGAGCGAGCUUUCCAUCAGUGAUGAGCUCCAUUCUCCCAUUAUGCGUAAUGGGAAAGGUAUGUAUGCAGUCAUAUUAGCGAAUGUGUAAGUAGGGUAUCCAAGUGUGCUGUAUGCAUGAGCCUGUGUGGCUAAGUGUGUGUUCAGGGGUAUUUUUACGGUCUUGAUGAUGGAGAGCUAGCCCUGUGCAGACAACCUGUGCUUAUUUUAUGGCCUCCUCCCCAGCUGCAGCAUGUGGGCAAUAAACCUUUCUCCAGCAAUCUCCAAACAGUGCAGCAAUCAAUGGGAAAUUAUCUCAGCCAAUCGAUGGGCCAGCCUUUCUAUUUCUCCCGCUCUCUACCUCUCCUGCUGUCCUAUCUGUAUCCCUUUCUCCAAGCUACCACCCCCCCACCCCCCCUGCGUCCCUCUCCUCAUCCCUUCUGUCUCAUUUUUGCUGUCUCCCUGUUUUUUCCACCCACUCCCUCACUCCACCCUCCCCCCACUUUCACUUGCAUUCCCUCCAGCUCUCUCAGCUCGGCAGCACCUACUCUGAAAUGCGACAGCUCAGCAGCUCCAGAGCCAUUAACAAAAGUCGCCUUCACCCAAGGAAUAUGUAACAGUGCUGGAUUGACUUUCCUGGGGAAUAUAAUGAGUCUGACUGGUGCAUUCAACCACGGGGUACUUCCUCUGACAGUCGUGACAACAAGGCCCACUUUAUUGUACAGUCUGUACUCUGUGUUGCUGUUUCUGUUGCCCUUGGUUGUUGGUGGCCACUCGUACAACCCCUCAUUAUUUCUCUGUGUUUCGGGGAUGUUUCAAUACAAGUUGGAAACAGCCUGAAGGUCAGUUCAUGAACUGCCAAUGCAAAAGCAGGAAAUCCAGUCCAACACUGAACCCUAUUAGCAAUGUAAAUACUCGAAAGCUGGCAGCAGAACUGACAUGAUUAAUAGCUUUUAUUCAGUUAUACUCGAAUAUUAACAUCAGUGAUUAAGAGAUGAUUUAAAAUCAACAAUAAAAUCAAUGCAAUGAAUAUGUUUAAAGUGAUAACACCUGACAUGACUAUAAACAGAAAAAAAGCAAGCUGUGAAAAUCCUCACUCACACAGAGCUUGAUCACCUUUUUGUUAGCAUUCUUGGUUUUUAAAGAGUGCAGUUCUUUGAGUAUCCCACUGAGGUUUUUCACAUUAUAACAUAUAGAGGAUCAGACCCCAUCAGACAAUGCAUAUAGGCUCCAGUAAAAUCCCACAUUGACGCCUGCAACUCCUUACUUGGCAACCUCUCUGCAUGCACAUUAAAAUCUUUGCAGACUACCAAGAACAUAGCAGCAUAACACUCCGUUGUUCAUCUCCUUCCAAUGGCUACCAGUUGCUGCAUGCAUUAAAGUCAAAACUCUUCCCACCUUGAGCGCCUCUACACUUCUUCUUUCAAUAGAAAUCUUGGAUGUCCCCAAACUGAGCAUUGCAAAUCUCUAAAAGACUCUCCUUUUUUGGAUGAAUGGUUCAAACUCUUCAUGUAAAAAGUUGCACCUAUAAGAAGGCUCCAGUUUCAGUUUGAGUCAGUCUUGAUGAUCCCUUUGAACAAAGCUGUACAUCUUUAAGCUGAUUUUGUGCAGACUCUCUUAAAUUAAGUGGUUCUGUUUGCUUUUAUAGCUCAUAAAGUAGCAACAGUGUGUAUGUCAUCAAUAUUUAUUCUCAUAACCUUCUAAUAACUCAUCAAGGGAGUUUAAAAGAUCAUUUUACUAGCUGCUGGCUGGGAGAUCCAGAAUUACUGGAUAUUUUUAAUGCUGUGAAAUCUAAUUUUUAACUUAACAGACUUCAUCCAGACAUCCGGUUGAAUUGGCUAAAUAAAUAUCGACCUGUCUAAAACUACACAGUGUUAUCAGAGCUUGAAUUUAUUCGUACUGUAUAAACUAUUAGGUUUCUAGAUGGUGAUACAUCUCACAGCAAUGUUACUUUGUUAUGACAGGAAAACAGUCAAAGCCCUUUUUUAUAAUACUAACUCUGCCUCACCCAUGCACUGCACCCCAGGGGGUGAAAGAGUGAAGCAUUUUUGUAAUAACAGAUUUAUCAUCUGAGUUAUCUUGGAUAAAGUUUUGGCAGCAUUCCCUCAAAGUUCUGGAGGUGUUUCCAUGCCUGAGCAGCCCUCGCUUCUGGCAGAACCGACAGACACUGACAGCCAUUCAGACAUGCUUGGGAAUGUUGAGCAAACAGCACUUCUCCUAAACACCUUGUUUAUGCUGCUACUACCCGCAGAGUUCAGCCAUAACGUGACAACAUGAGAAGAAAGCACAAGUGACAACCACAACCCCUGCCUGUCACACUUGUAUAAUUCUUUCCCCUACCUCAGCCAAGGGGAAAACAGCCAGCUAAUGUGGUGGUUUGACAAGCAGGAGGCUUGUGUUGGCCACACGGACUCUUGAGUUAUUUGCCUCAGAGUCAAGGAUAGGGUCAACACAGGUUACCAAAACCUGGCAGAGGCUGUUUUGCACUGAGAAGGAUAAAGCAGCGGAGAACAGUUGGUGAGAACGGUGUAUGAUGGAGAGUUUGAAAAUGUGAUCGAUUGUGCCGAGGCUUUUCUGAGAGAGAAAAGUGUCAGAGUAGACGAGGAGGUCAGCUUGGAUUAGUAGCUGCAGGGGUUUGUUUACACACCAUAGCUACAAGCGUUUAUAUAAAUAGCAACCCGACAGAGUCCCUCUUUGAGAUUCUCAGCUGUUUUCAUCUUUGUAAACAUUCUCAGCAGAGGUUCACAUGAGUUAGCGAGCAGCAAAUUAUAAGCGUGGAAAUUCUCACAACAAUGUAGGCUACUGUUGGCAGUGGUUAUCCGCUAAUCAGCAAGUUCAUGCAGGUGCUGUUUGCUGGCUCAGCUACAAAAUCCAGAAGUAUCAAUGAAAGAAUACCUGGCUGUUACAUUCUUGGCAGCCUGGGAAACAUGUACAGAUACAAACAUGUUUGAGACUAUAGAGGGGGAGUAUUGAGACACUGCUAUCUGAUGUGAUGCGUUAGUUAUCACUGAUAACAUUUUAAUGCAGGAAAUCACAAACUGUUGAAAAUGGUGUCCCACUGGGAUCGAUAUUAGGUCCCCUGCUUUUCAUUGUAUAUAGUAAUGUUUUUCUUUGUCUUGGCAGUUUUCUUGUUCAUGCUGCUAAUACCAUCUUGUGCACCAUCUGCUCUUCUCCAAACUACCCCCUCCCCCCAAUCACAGUCUUAACUUGUAAGUGGAUCACAUGAAAAUAGGUGUGAAAAUAACACUAAAGCCAAACUGAAGUGGGUGUGUGUGUGUUCACAGUUAAAUAGAGAUCUAUAAGUACUUAAAACAGAUGAACGGGCAUUAUCCUGGUGGACUUGAUAAACCAAGAAGUACAGUAAGUCUUGGCUGGAGGUCUUAACUUGUGGCUACACCUGAAUGACUGAAAAGCUGGUAUCCAUUCCCAGAGGCAUCCAGUAAACUACCACUCAUCUUCACAAAAGCCCAAUGAGUGUGAGAUUGGGUUUUAAUCAACAUGGAUAAAAGUGUCCCACAAGGGUCUAUACUAGGCACCCUGAAUUUCACUUUUAUUAUACUUGACACAUGUUUAUUUACCAACUUAAACAUUUACGCAUCCUACAAAACAUCAUGAGAUACACUUUAGCAUCCACAGCAGGUGAUUCCUCAAGUCAGCUUUAGCUCUCAUAAGUCUGAGCUUUAUGAAAAUGUCUUUUGCCUGUCGUGUGUGUGUGUUCUUAUUCAUAGCUAGUGCUGUUCACCAUAGAUUAAAGUGGAUAAUCUUUAAAAUACAUUUAGUUGCAGCCCAGUCUCCUCUAAACUAGCCUUACAUAUUGUCUUUUCAGUAUGCCUGGGCAAUGUAAAAGUUGGAUUAUCCUUACAGUAAGUCUAUAUAACUGAAUUAAAAGCCAUCUUAUUGGGCUUCUAACAAAGGCUGUGGUCUAAUCGCUCUUUGUCAUGGAAUAAAAGGUCUCAUUGGCCUUUUACCUCAUCAUCCCUCUCUCUCUUUCUCUCUCGCUCAGCUGCCCUCUCUUUCUCUCCACUGUCUCUCGCCGAGGCCGCCUCUAAUCAGCGGGCCUUGAGCUCUCAGAAAGGUCACUCUGUCCCUUUGAUGGUGUUUUGAUUCAUCCCUUCCUCUUUUCUCUCCCCCUCCCGCCCCCUUUCCCUUUCACCCUUUUUCUCUCACAGGGAAGCUGGAGAGUCACUACCAUCAGGGCGCCAAGAAGGGGCUGGUCCCGUCAGCUGCAGAGUGAUGUCAGAGGAGCAAGUGAUCAUGAAGAAUCUGUCCAGGCCCCAGGGAACAUGGGAAAUAUGUUAAUUAACACAUCUCUCAUCAAUGCUGAGUUAUCAUUUUCAGCAGUGUAUGCAUUUUGAAUCACUGGUAUUUGCAUUUUACAGAGAGGGGUAAUGUUUGUAAGGAUGAAGUAUUAUGUGUGAUAAUUUGUACAUAGAUGUACAUCCUGCUUCUCUAUUUGAUUGCAUAAAUAAAAAGAUCCACAUGCUCAAUUUGCAA